UAAUGGAGUGCCAAGCGAACUUUGGCCAUGUGGAUAUCCACGUACGUAUUGGCUGGAUAGAAUGUCUGUGUUUGGUUGUGUAGUACAAGUCCCACAGUCAGUCCCUCUACAAACACAGCAAUCUCAACAAUAAACCACAAGUCAAAGAGGGCCCGGGCAGUUUUUAUUUAUUAUUUUUAAUUUUAUUCAUGCUGAUUGUUAUUGCGGCCUCACGCACAGCCUCGAGUAACACGCUUCCGGUAUGACCAUUCCGUACAACAGGGGGACACACAUCCCAAACGGACUCGGAGGUAGUAUCCGGUGACGCACAUCCUGCCCGGGAAGCAGCCGCCUUCCUGAGGUGCCGGAGAGGUGGAGAGUCUGCCUGUGCACAGGGAACGAGUCCGUACAGGUGUUCAGCCACCCCCUUCCCUGACCUACCUGGGGGAGUGGAGGCGGAACGCACAGCCGCGCGACCCUUAUUCCCCACCGGGCCUGUUUGUCGGGUGCACAGCCGCGGUUUUUCGGCCGAGAAGGAGGAUGAAGCCUGGGGUUACUCCGAUGUAAAAGUACCGGAGGUUGAGAAAUCGUGACCGAGACAUGGAGGGGAAGCCCGGCCUGCAGACCGUGUAUCAGGCCGUGCAGGCCCUGUACCACGACCCGGAUCCCAGCGGCAAGGAGAGGGCCUCACUAUGGCUGGGGGAGCUGCAGAGAUCGGUGAGCGGCCUAUGCCAUGCCUGGGAGAGGGGAGCCCGUGCCAGCCGGGGGAGCGGCCUACCAGGUGUCUGGUGUCAGCGGCCGGGCAAGAGCUAGCGUGUUACUACCGGGGGGGGAGGGCGGCAUGGGCCAUGGCUGGCGGGAUAUGUGAGGGCUGGCUGGCUGGGCGGCAUGGCUGGCGGGAUAUGUGAGGGCUGGCUGGCUGGGCGGCAUGGCUGGGAUGGGCGUGUUGGGGACUGGGGAACACGAGUUAGGCUCGGUGAGCGCUGAAAGCCGGGUACAUGGAUUGGGGUUUGGGUGGAGCUCUCACUAGGGCACGGUAGAGACAUACAGGAAGUUACAUGUAUGUAACAUAUUAGUCAUGUACCGACAGUAAUCACUGGUUACAUGGAUGUGCAGACUGGGCUAGCAAACUGCUGAAUGAUUUGGGUUUUGCAACGAUGGGCCUGGUGUUAAUAUGGUGGAUUAAUGUGAUUGUUGGUUUUGAAUGUGAAAUUUUUGAGUUAUUUUUGAGAUGGAGUUGAUAUUGCACAUUCACUUGUGAACGUGUGAUUAUAUUGGACUUGCAUUUGGAUCAUCUAUGUAAGAUAUAUUUAAAACGAUCGUCAAAAUAAUAAUUAAAUUAAUGUAAUGCUAUUUGAGUAAAGAGUCAGCGGGGUUUAUUCACUAAACUGAGAAUUGAAGAUGUUGUCUAAGGAAUUACAGAAUUUUAGCUAAAUGUAAUUAAUUUCCAGCUCUGAAAUUUGCAGUAAAUUGCUUAUACUCCACUAUUCCUGGUUUAGUGAACCUCAGUUGGCUUUAAAGGGGGGGAUGAACUAUGACUUUUCAACAUAUUUAAUAUUAUGUAUAUUUAUCCCUUAUGUUUAGCAAAUGUGUGUUUUGUGAGGUCUGUAAAUACUAUUAAAUGUAAAACUCCACAUUGCUGUAUUUUACUUGUAUUCUGGAACUGGACACCGGUAUCCUUGCUCCUUGUCAAUCAUAGAUAUGGUAUUAUAUUUUGACAUUGAACAUACACUACAUGGACAAAUGUAUUGGACACCAGACCAUUACACGAACAGGGACUUUCAUGACAUUGGAUUUUACAAUACAUAGACAUUAAAGGGACACUAUAGUCACCCAGACCACUUCAGCUCAAUUAAGUGGUCUGGGUGCCAGGUCCCUCUAGUAUUAACCCUUCAGAUGCAAACAUAGCAGUUUCAGAGAAACCUGUCUUCUGGACAGCCAUUAGAGGCAUAUUAUGCUUUCAUCAUGCAGAGCGUCCAUAGGAAAGCAUUGAAAAAUGCUUUCCUAUGGACACUUUGAAUGCGCGCGCGGCACUGCCGCGCAUUCCGCUGCGCUGACGUCGGCUGGGGAGGAGAGGGAAGGGAGCCCAGCAGUGGAAGAAGGUGAGUAACUGAAAGGAGUUUUAACCCCUUCAGCAUCACGGAAGGGGGAACCUGAGGGUGGGGGCACCCUCAGGGUACUAUAGUGUCAGGAAAACCGAAUUUGUUUUCUUGACAUUAUAGUGAUCCUUUAAUAUGUAGUUGACCCCUCCCCCUUUGCAGUUAUAACCGCUUCCACUCUUCUAGGAAGGCCUUCCACAAGAUCUUGGAGUGUUUCUGUGGGAAUGUUUGCCCAUUCAUCCAGUACAACAUCUAUGAGGUCAGGCACUGAUGAUGGACGAGAAGGCCUGGCUCGUAAUCUCUGUUCCAGGUCAUCCCAAAGGUGUUUGAUGCGGUUGAGGUUAGGGCUCUGUGUGGGCAAGUCAAGUUCUUUCACACCAAACUUGUCCAACCAUGGUUUUAUUGACAUUGCUUUUUGCAGUGGGGUACAAUCAUGCUGUGAUAGAAAAUUGCUUUCCACAAAAGUUGGAAGCAUAGCAUUGUCCAAAAUGUCUUGGUAUGCUGAAGCAUUAAGAUUUCCAUUCACUGGAUUAAUCGACCUAGCCCAACUCCUGAAAAACAGCCCCAUACCAUUAUCCCUCCACAACAAAACUUUACAGUUGGUGCAAGGCUGUCAUGCAAUGUUUUUCUGGUAUCUGCCAAUCAAGACUCACCCAGAAGACUGCCAAUCAGAAGCAUCAUUUGGUGGCAUGCUUUACACCACUCGAUCCAAUGCUUUACAUUGUACUUCGGGAUGAGAGGCUUGCAUGCAGCUGCUCGACCAUUAAACCAGUUCAAUUAAAAUCCUUAUACCGUUUUUGUGCUGAUAUUAAUUUCCGUUGAUGUUUGGAACUCUUCAGCAAUGGUAUCAGUAGAGCGUUGGUGACUUACGCAUCAUGCACCUCAUCACUCUGAGACCAUGAUCUGUGACCUUAUGUGCCCUUAUGCUUCGUGACUGAGUUGCUGCUGUUCCUAAAUGCUUCCAUUUUCCAAUAAUAUUGCUAACAGUUGGACGUGGAAUACCUAGCAGGGAUGAAAUUUCAUGAACUGACUUGUUGCGCAGGUGGCAAUCUACCACAGUAAUACACUUGGAUUCUCUGAACGAUUUAGAAAGAACCUUUUUUUUUUUUUUUUUUUUUUUUUUUUUACACAAAUGUUUAUAAAUGCAAACUGCAUGGCCAGGUGCUUGAUUUUAUACACAUCUGGCAGUGUGUCUGAUCGAAACACCGGAAGAUCAAUAAUUAAGAGUUGUGCCCCAAAACCAUAUAUUUUUAGAGGAGAAGCCAAAACGUUUGUUUUCCUUUUUAUCUGCACUUUGUUUCCUUGCUGUACCUAGCCUGAACUCGAUAGUUAUGUCACUUGAUAAAUCGUUAAUAUACAAUUUAGAAUCAUGUGGAGCAUUACAUGACAUCCCCAACAGAAAACAAACCAUUAGCACACGUUAUUGGUGAUUUUCCUUGUUUUUAUUCAAUUGUGUAAUUUCCAGGAAAGUGAUCACUAUAAAAAGACUCUGAAGUACCAUAACAGUUUUGCUUUAUAGCAAUGUUCAUGAUGCAGAGAGCUGCUUCCACACUCCUGAAUUAGGGGUUGGUUUGCGAAACGGUUUUAUUAUUUCAGACAUUUUGUGUAAUGUUUAGCUUGUUCAUAUUUAUGUUCAGGGAUCAUGAACAUUACAACCUCUUGAAUAUAAUACAUUUUGUGUAUAUAUUUUUUUCUUUAUUUCCACUAUCUUCUCACAACAGCAAGUUAUUAAACAACUACACCUAGUACUACAAUUUCCCUGGUGGUGCAGCCAAUUAAUUACAAUAUUUUUACCCAAACUGUAAUGUUAGUAACUGGCAUAUAAAAACACUAUUUCUCCUACCUUGGGAGACUUUGAUAAUGUGUCUGUUAUAGGUUCUAGUUGUCAAGUAAAUAGUUGUUUAUGAUGUAGAAAGUAAAAGUAAUGUAAAUUUCAGUGAUUGCUAAGAUACUCUGUGAAAAUACCACAAGCACCAUAAUGAUCUAAAGUACUUGCAUAGUUUAUUUUAUUAAAUAGAUCCUCAAUUUAUAUUCAUCCCAUUCAUCAUAGGUAAAAAAAAAAAAAGCCAUACCAGCUAAUAAACGCUUUCACUGUGCAAUUUCACAGGGGAAUCACUGAAUAUCCAUUUGAUCUAAGCUACAUAUAUCUCUGCCUCAUUGGCUGAUAUCAUCUUCAUAUUCUAAGAGAUAAAAUGACAUGAGUCCAAGACUCACUAAAUACUUUGACUGGUCUAUGUAACUUCAACUGAUUUUAGCAUGGGACAUGACCUGAUUCAGACUUUUAGUAAUAGAACUGCAGUAGCUCAUACCAUGUUUGUCAAAGAAAGGAAUUGCAUUGAAACUUGGAAAUGGUGUGCUUUCUGUUUAAUAUAAUUAUGCACAAAUAUUAUUGGGGCAGUGGUUGAAAUUGACUUGCAUUUGCCAACCUACAUUCUUUCUAUUGAUUUACUGUGGGUAGAAUAAGUUGGCUGAGAUUCGAAUACUGAAUUGUGAUCUUAUUAAUGUGCUCCCAUGAUUGCUUUGCAACUCUUUAAAAUAGUCAUAUGUGCCCAAACCAGAUAUACAACUAUAAAUUAUGCCAGCCCUAGAACCUGACUAGUGUAUUGUGGUUUGUGAUUAAAGAGUAUCUGGGUGGCAUUGUAGCCUAGCACUAUUAUUAUAUGCUAGGUGUGUCAAUUACUCAGAUGAGAAUUCUAAGAAAACUUUUAUAUUCCACAUAUUUCAUUACAUUUUUUUUUUUUUGGCACUCUGUCUUUCUUGCAGCAAAGGUUUUUAACCUGUGAAAUAUUUUCAAAUUCUACACAUAACCAUAAACAUGCUGUUUGAGUAACCACCAAAUAAAAAAAGUCACCUUAUUAGUGAACUGAAACUUGCCGUCAUGUAUUCGAGCACGGACUUAUACCUUCAGAGUUGUCCACAUUAGGAUCUUAUACUGUCCUUGGCACUGUAAAGGAGUUUAGUUACAGACAGCUGAUCUUUCUUUGGUGUGACUACUUUUACACUAGUGGCAAGUUUUGUUUUCUGUUUACCACGCCCAGCCUAUUUAGUCAGUGGAAAGAUCCACUAUGUUUUGAAACUUGUCUGACAUAACUGACCAUAACAGAGGUCAUUUAAGAAAACACUAAAUAACGUGAAGGGAAAUGUGAUAUCUUCAAAAUAGGGUUUCAUCUGUCAUGUUAGCAAUUGUAUAUUGGACCAGGGAUUUUUACACUAAACUUUUUAACUACUAAACAUCUUCAUGGCACUUCAUGCUAUCGUGGUAUUGAUUUGUGUGUGUUAAAUUCCUAAGGAACCUUGGAAAUGUCAUGUCUGUUUUGGAUUAUCUUUUUCUUUCCUGCAUAAUUCUGUAAUGUAUAGAAGUUAGUUAGUGUGUGUGUGUGUGUGUGUGUGUGUGUGUGUGUGUGUAUUUUUUUUUUAUUUUUUUUUUAAAUUGCAUUUGUAGUACUAAAACUAUGUGACAAUUGACCAGAUUAAUUUAACCAUAUGGGAGUAGGUAAUGUGUUGUAUGAGGUGAAAUGCUGUCAUUCACGUUGUUAAUUUACUUAUUUACUUGUCUUGUGGUUUUUCAAGGUCUAUGCUUGGGAAAUCUCAGACCAGCUGCUUCAGAUCCGUCAAGAUGUGGAGUCCUGCUAUUUUGCUGCACAGACGAUGAAGAUGAAGAUUCAGACCUCUUUCUAUGAACUCCCUGCAGACUCCCAUGCCUCACUGAGGGAUUCCCUGUUGUCACAUAUCCAGAACUUGAAAGACUUAUCUCCUAUAAUUGUAACUCAGGUAGGAAUACUGCCUUAUUUUUUUAGCACAAAACUGAACACUGCUUUUUUUUCUUAACCUGGAAUUAAAGGGGUCACUCUAGGUACUAUAACCACUUUAUCACAUUGAAGUGAUUAUAGUGCCUCUUUCCUUCUUGUGCGUUUCCAACAUUUAACGUUAAACGGUUUUCAAAAAUUUUAAUGCUGCAUUCGUGUCUAGCCUGGUCCCUCUGUACUGCAGAUGGUAAUCUCCGCCUUUGCUAGGAUGCGGGCUGCUGGGAAUUCUUAUUCAGUGUUAAACUGUUGAAAAUAGUUUUUAAUGUAGAAUAAAGGCACAUUGCUUCAAUGAGAUGAAGUGAUUAUAAUGCCUAGAGUGUAUUUUGAUUGCCUUUUCUAACUUGGUAGGUUAUAUCAAAUGAUGCAGGUUACAACAGCCUAUUAGGUAGUGAUGUACAUUGCAGGUGCAUACGCUUAUUAAAGGGACACUAUAGUCACCAGAACUACAGCUGAGUGAAUUUGUUUUGGUGAGUAGAAUCAUUACCUUCAGGCUUUUUGCUGUAAACACUAUCUUUUCAGAGAAAAUGCAGUGUUUACAUUACAGCGUAGUGAUAAGUUCACUGGCCACUCCUCAGAUGGCUGUUAGAGAUCCUUCCUGGGUCAUGGCUGCCUAAAAUGCAUCCAAACAUUCAGUAUCUCCUCCCUCUGCAUGGAGAUACUGAACUUUCCUCAUAGAUUCAUUGAUUCAGUUCAUCUCUAUGAGGAGAGGCCAGGGCUGUGUUUAAAUUGCGCUGGCUCUGCCUCUGAUCUGCCUCCUUGUCAGUCUCAGCCAAUCCUAUGGGGAAGCAUUGUGAUUGGAUCAGGCCUCCACGUCUGUCAGAGGAAGUUCACAGGCAGAGACAGCAGCUUCAGACUUGAAUACAAGUAAGAUUUUACUAUCUUUAGGGAAGCAAAGGGGGCUAGAUAGUGAUUUUAACACUAUAGGGUCAGGAAUACAUGUUUGUGUUCCUGACCCUAUAGGCUCCUUUAAAAACAGAACACAUGUAUAUCAAAUCUCUUUUACUAUACAUUGGCCAAAAGCACACCGUUAACACUGGUUUAUUUUGCAGCUGGCUUUAGCAAUAGCAGAUCUGGCCCUGCAGAUGGCUUCCUGGAAAGGCUGUGUUCAGACGCUAGUAGAAUCGUAAGUAUAUAUUACCAAUCCUGAAUGAAACUGCCUUUUCCUAUCUCACAGAAUUACAGCUUUUUUCCAGUUUCUGAUUUGCACUAAAAGGUGUUGCCUCUCUUUGUAGAUAUCGUAAUGAUGUGUCUUCAUUGCCCUUCCUCUUGGAGAUUUUAACUGUAUUACCUGAAGAGGUUCACAGUCGAUCCUUGCGCAUUGGUGCGAAUCGACGCGCAGAAAUCAUUGAAGACUUGGCUUAUUAUUCCAGUACUGUGGUUUCUCUUUUGGUGAGUAGAUUGUGUGUUAACUUGUAGGUUUAAUGCAACUGCUUUAAAAGCAUGCACUGGAAAAAAAUUAUAGCAAUAUUUAUUUUUGGUAAGCAGAUAGUUGCAAAGAGAGCAUCAAUACCAUGAAUCAAAAACCGUAAUUCAUUCAGAAAAUAGUUGGCUUAUAAGCUAUAAAGUGAUUGACAGAUGAGGCUAGAGAUUUUAAAUUGGAAAUUUGUAAUAAUGUAAACCGUUGCACGAUGUAUAGAUAAACUUGUAUGCUUUUUAAAAUGACCAUAAGUUAUGUGUAUCAUGACAAAUUUACCUGCCUAUGUGAUGCUUGGUGCUAGGUGCAUGUAUUCUGGAAUUUUGAAGGGAGAAAGGUUAUUUUCUCUGUGUGUCUUCCACGCAGCAAAGGCUUUGGUAUUCAUCACCUAUUUUGUUGAUAAACCCCUCAAUGAAAAUGUGCAUAAGUUUUAGUUAUGCAUUUUUGUAUUGGGAGAAUAUCUAAAACAGCUUGCAAAUCUACAGAAAUAUUAUCUCAAGAAUUUGCAUGCACUUGUAACUCAUCCCAUACUUCUUUGGCUGUCUAGUCAUAGACUUCCCCAUGCAACUCAAUGAGAAGUCUUUGCGAGGCAGGUGCUCUGAGCAAUUACCUGUCUCUAGAAGUUUAGCUCCACUGAGCUAAUCAACCAGGAAGUAACAUGACUGGCUAUCUGACAGCUAGGAAUGUGUACCAAGAUUAAUUGAUAAAAGUGCCAAUUUAACUACAUUGGAUAUCAAUAUAAAGUGCUUUAGGGACCCAAAGUGUCCCUUGUUAUCAAAAUUCCAUACUCUCGUCAUUUACGGUGAUGCAACCUCACCGGUUAUGAGGCUGAAUCAGCUGGAUGUCUGCUUAACCGUAUGGUGGGCCUGCACUCUACCAGGAGGGGGAUAUAAGAUCCUUAUGGGAUGCCGCCAUGUGAUGUGUAUACUGCGCAUGCGAGGUAGUUGGUAGGCUUUUUUUGACACUAGUAGUGGGCAUGCACCAACAUCAGCUGUGCAGGAUGCAUGCCCACUACAGGGUAGGUUAAUCUGAUAAUGCUACUGUGCAUACGCUGGACCAGAAUACCCUGUAAUGCGCAGGCAUCCUGCACAGCUGAUAUUGGUGCAUAUGCACUACUAGUGUCAGAAAACCAUACUCCGAUACUGCACAUCAGUGACUUUAUGUUCAGACACAGCCCACCAUCACAGCGCCCCGUAAAGAUCUCAUACUCACCUCCUGGUGCAGCACAGAGAUCCAGCUGAUUCGGCCUCACUUCCGAUGCAACCACGUCACCUGAAGUGACGAGGGUAGAGAAUUUUUAUAUAACAUCCCGUUUGGUACAAAACAAGCAAACUGAAACUAUUUCCCUAAGGGCUUUGUUGUUGUUGUUGUUGGAGAUCUUUAUAACAAAACUAGCAUUCAACCAUUGAGAGUAAUCAAGCUACUUCUUUGAACUGUAAUCGGUUAUUUAGAUGUUACCAUUUCAAGAAUAGUAAAAAUAAACAAACUUGCUAGCCAGAGAUGGUGGAGACAGGAAUCCAGGGACAGGGCAUUCCCUAUAUCAAUGAAAAGCAAACACAGUCGGAUUUUAACCUUGUGUAGUAGAAUCAAGUAAAAAAAAAAAAAUAAUAAUUGUGCUCCUCUUCAUGUGAUGUAAAACUCAGCCUUUAUUCAAGUGUCCAUUUAUAUGUAAAAAAAAAAAGUAAAAUCAAAAAGCAGAAUAUCACAUACCUUCUUUGAGAGUAAAAUACAGGAAAAUGUGUUUUUAUUUAUUUUUUUAAAAUUCCAGCUUAUCUGUGUACGAGUAGGCAUGUGCUAUGCUGCUUUUUAAUUUGUCAGUUUUUUUUUUUUUGCAGGAGCAAUCCUCUUCUUAUCUUAAACGUCAUCGCUAAUGCCUUUGCUGACUUUGCCUUUUGAGUUUUCAUGUGAUGCUUUUCCAGAUAUGUUAAACAAGCAUCAGUAGUGUUUUGCUCAAGUAAUGCACUAUUUAUGCAUGACAUGCAGUGCAGUAUAACACACCAAAAAAGUAUUUGGUAUUAAGUAGUAGGAUCAGCCUGAUAGAAUUUUCCUUAGUAUCCUUAGCUCACUGAUAUGUUCACUCUGGGUAGCCCUCCUGAUCUUCCUGGCCCACGCAUUUUUUUGCUGAUGUGAACAAAACUUAUCUUGUCUGAUGUAUAUUGCUGACUUGACAGUACAGAUGUCAGAUUCCUAUUGAGAUCAGUCAUUUGUUUACAUGACAACUGCUUACUCUUAUCGUUCCACAUACAGUGUAAAAACUGUCCAUCAGUUUUCAAAUAGUUUCUCCUAUAUUGUGAAAUGGGCCCUCCUUCACAUUGAUUUAUUCUCUAUUACAAGUUUAUAAUUUCAGUGUCACAAUCUAUAAUGUAAUAUUAAAUGCUAGUAUAUAUUUUUGGUUUAAGCUGUGUCUGGUCAUGGUAAAUAGUUUCUGUAUUUUUCACUAAAGCACACAAAAGAGCGACCCAGUGAUCACCUGUUACCGUUUUGGGCCCUGGUGAAAGUCAUCGGUGUUGUCUUUUUGAUUAAGAGGACACUGACUUUACUGUAUUUUCAAGACCAUGGACAGUCCCCCUGUUUGUAGGAACCCACACUCUAGACUUAAAGUUCAUUUUAAAAAGACAUGCUGUGGGGAAAUUUGUUGCAAAUCAGAAUAAGACAACCAAUGCUAAAUGACUUCCUUUGAUGUGUAUUUGUAGAUAUGUAUAUUUUCCUGCUUUAUGGUUCUGGUUUCUUACCUUAUUAUAUCUUGGCUCCAGAUGACCUGUGUUGAGAAAGCUGGCAGCAAUGAGAAGAUGUUAAUAAAGACUUUCCGUUGUCUGGGCAGCUGGUUUAAUUUGGGAGUCCUGGAUAGCAACUUCAUGGCCAACAACCGCCUCUUGUUGUUGCUUUUCCAGGUCCUGGUAAGUAUUGAUGGCUCAUUAGUGUAAUUACACACAAAUAUAACUGCUGUUUCAUUUCUUUACUUAAUACCUGUAUGGUCAUGUAUUGUGCAACAUUGACCUUUUGUUUUCCUUCUCUCUAUACUAAGUUAACUAUUCUUAGUGUUUAUUUUUUUAAAGCUAAAAUUAUAUUUGAUUCAUUUGAAAUUUUUAAAUCUGUAUAUCUUUACCUUACUAUCGGUUUGAAACAGUCAGAAUUGCUGUUGCUCUGUAACAGUAGUGCAUUCAAGGAAGGAAGAGCCUAAAAUGUUAUUUAUACAGCAAUCUCCUUGGAUUUCACUUUAUAUAAAGGCAAAGUUUUUUUUUUUUGUUUUUUUUUAUAUGUCCCAUCAUACUAAACUAUAGGAUGGUAAAUAAAAAAAACAAAAACCCUUUAACAGACAUAAUGUGAUGCUGGAUUGUUUGAAAGCUGUUAAAUGCCCAUGCACCCCCCAGCGAACAACUGAAAAACCGUUUUUCAGGGUAAUCUAGUACAAACAGCUUCUCUUAAUUUGUUGUUAUGCCCAUUGCCCUUUGGUAGCAUGUGUAUGAGCGACAUUGGGUGAGCUUGAUCUUCCGCUAUAGCAGGGUCCCCCGACCUCUCCUGUGGAGUUUUAACUAAAGAGUUAGUCUGAGUUUCAUACUCCACUUGCAUUACUUCAAAAUUACUUGUGCUCAGUGAUGAGAGUGGGAACAGGGUGCUCUAAACAUCAUUUUUAGAGCACCCUGUUCCCACUUUCAUCACUGAGCGGAAGUAAUAGUGCCAGCAAUAUGUGGUUUAAAAAAAUAAUAAUCCCUUUAACUAUAAGAUAGGCCAUUCUUCAUUGGUUAGUAUCACAUUUUUGGUUACUAUUCUUAAUAUUUUAUUAAAUUGUUUACAAAACAUCCACAUCAUCACAGUGGAACUCGUACAGAAAAAGAAAAACACAAUUGUAUACAUUUGUGAUGCAGUUAUGUAGAAGCAGAACCAGCGGUUGCCCCCAGUACUCAAAUUUUCAAGAAAAAGAGUAAAAAAUUAAAAGGGAAGGGGGGUGUUGAAGGGUAGAGAGAAACUCACCAUCGCAGGGAUUAAUUUUUGUUAUCCUAAUUCAAGUUUCACUUAGGUCAGGUGUUCCCAUCCUCAAGUACCCCCUACCAGUCCAGGAUUUAGGAAUUACCCUGUUACGUCUAAAGUGUGUUUAAAAAAACCUCCAACAACUGGACAAUCCCUAGAUCCUGGACUGGUAGGGGGUAAUUAAGGACUUGGGUGGGAACCACUGACUUAGGUAAUAUAAAUAUAUAUCGUUGCAGCAAUAGUGUUGUGUUCUAAUUUGAGUAUCUUUUUUUUUUUUUUUUUAAUAUGCAGCAACAGGACCAGACACCUUCCAAUUUGCAUGAAGCAGCAUCUGAUUGCGUUUGUUCAGCUCUGUAUGCCAUCGAGAACAUAGACAACAAUUUGCAUCUGGGAACACAGCUCUUUCAGGGAGUACUCACUCUUGAGACUGCUUACCACAUGGCAGUAGCCCGUGAGGAUAUAGAUAAGUAAGAGACAUGGCAGUUGCUGCUCUGUGUGUGUUCUUUCAAUAUUAAAGCAUGUAUUCACAUGUGUUUUAAAAGACUACAAAGUUGAUUGCCAUAGGAAGAGUCUGGUCACAGGAAUGGUGUAAAAAAUUUUGUCUACAAAAUAAGUAAAAUUUAGAAGUUUGAAAGUUAGUGCAUGCAAGUUGUCAAUGUAACACUAGACACAGUAGCACAUGCUGUCAAUGUAACACUAGCCUCCUGUCUGUGUGUAUCCACUGCGUCUGCCAGCUGAGUCAGGUGUUCCUUAAGCCCUUCAAUUGGUCUGGAUUCAAAUCACACCAGACAAAUGUACAGGCCUAAAGCAUGUCAUGGUAGAAUGUUCACUUAGGAUGCAAACAAGCUAGGGCCUCUUUUUGAUCUAGUUGGAAAUUGAUAUAAAAUAUAUAUACAAGAUUUAAAAUUCAGAUCUAUUAAAGUCAAGUCACUUGCAGCAUAUGAAAAUCAAGGUAAUGCUGGACCCAGGAAUGUUGUAAUGGAUGUUGCUUUAUUGGAUGAAGUAGCGUGACAGGUUAAAAUGUAUUUCUUUUUUUGUGGGAGGCGCUCUGCAUGUUGCUCUGCUGGUUUUACAGUCACAAAUUAUUUUUAGAUCUUUAGUAAGUCUUACAUCAGUCAAUUAUUUUUUUUAAAUUGUAUUUUUUUUUAAUUGAGAAUUGCAAGCUACAAAUAAGCAGAUUGCCUACUAUUCCAGACAUGUAAAACCUUUUGUUUUCUCUUGUUAUUAAAUGCCUAUGGUCAAAUAUUUUUGCAAUCAUUUAUAGUGGUGGCCUUAAGGAUGUUCUGCUUUUGGGUACUUCAUGUUUACCAACAGUAAACAGAGGUAUACUCCCAAAGACAUUCAUAGCACCAUAUAUACUACAAUGGACUAUAGUGCCAAGUACCCCUUAAAAAUCAGUAUGAAGAUUACGAUAUUCACAUAUAAGUGUGUAUGUAUAUAUCACAAGUUUUGUGUUCCUUUGUACUGUCUCCUGACUGCAGCUACUUCAUUUUAAUAAGAUCUUAUUGAUGGCUACUUUAGUUUUAGUAGUAAUAACAAUUUAUUUAAUGUCAUUGAAUUUCUCCUGCUUAUACUUUCAUUUUUGUUCUCAGGGUGCUGAAUUACUGUCGAAUAUUCACCGAGCUUUGUGAAACCUUUCUGGAAAAAAUAGUGUCUACCCCAUGUCGGGAUCUGGGAGACCUGCGGACACUGGAACUCCUCCUGAUCUGUGCUGGACAUCCUCAGUAUGAGGUAUAAUGGAUUUGCAAGUCUAGCAGUGUGCAAUCAACUGAUAUAUAUUUAAGAUGCUUCCAUAAAUAUGUUACAGCUUUCUCCUGCAGUAUCUUUUUUUUAUGAAGCAAUAAUAUGCAUGGUAGGCAAUUAUUUUAAAGGGAAACGGUGGGCCCUAUAACCAGUUCAUCUCAGUCCUCUGGCUCUCAACUUUGUGUUAAGCCAUUUUUGAGUAGUUUAACGCGGGGAGCCCGGCGCUGGGGACUCUGCUCCCUUUUCCGACGUCAUCCACCGAAUGCGGGAGGGGGACCCUAAGGGUGGCACUAUUGUGGUCCUUUAACACUACUUAAAUGAGAUGAAGCAGUUAUAGUGCCUACAGUGUUAAAUUAACCAUGAAUAAAUAGUCCACACAAUAAAGACAGACACUUUCAUAUUCUUUUAAUUUGGCAAAGGCCAUUGUUUAUCAUAGGAGGGGCAUACCAAAAUAUAAAAAAAGUCUUAAUGUCUGUAACAUAUAAUCAAUAUUAACUUGACAUUUUCUAGAAUACUUACAUAGUCAUUUAUAAUACAACUAUUAUUAUCCCAGAAAUAUACAUCAUGUAUAAUAACAGAGAAUGAGAACUCUGAGAAUGGGCAAAAGUUAGAGCGAGGCAGUAGCUUGCCCUUUGAUUAAUCCUUGCUAAGGAUUCAAAGUUUUUUGCUCACUUGUGCAAUUACAAAGAGAACCUAUAUCUAUAACCCUAUGGGUGGGAGUAGUCUGUUAUGCAAAUUGCAUAGGAUCUCUUCUUAAUGCCCACCCACCCUCCCCCGUACUUAACCGGAAAAACAUCAAAACAAGCAAACAAUAAAAUAACUCCUAAAAUUAAAAUGAUGAAAGGGGGUGUGGUGAUUUAGACACUGCAGUACACAGUUUUCCUGUCUUCCUCAAAUUGUCUUCCACGUGGCAGAAGUAAACCCGAUUUUAUAUUAUUCCUUUACCCGCCAAUCUUCUGCAAGCCAUGAUACCAGCCAAUUUCCAGUUUGCCCUAUGUCCCUUGUCACAACACAGGAAUUCCAAAUCUGCCCAAAUACUCACUCGCUGACACACACGGGCACUCACUCGCUGAUGCACGCACACGCACACACAUUAUUGUACUUAUCCCUGGGGUCCAGUGGGGAUCUUCUGUCUGGAGAUCUCCUUCCUCCUCCCUCACGUGCAGUUUAGUGAUGCUGGGCGCCGGAAUAUGACGUCAUAUUCCAGCGCCCGGCAUCACUACAGGCGGCGCGCAUGAGGGAGCAGGAACACUGAGCUCCCUCGCUGCAUCCACCGUCGACUAUUCCCUGGCCGGGUAAAUUAUAGCAGAGUAGGCACCUGCAAUGUGGGGAAAGCAGGUGCCUACUCUGCUUGGAAUACUAGGCAAUCCGGCAUAUGCUUGCCGGGCCGCAAAGCUGUCCAUUGUGGGCUGCGAGUUUGACAUGCUUGGUCUAGAGACUCCUAGUAUGCUUUACAGCCCUCAGAGAUAACCUGACCCUAACUUUAACCCCUGCCAUGCAUAUGUUGACACGGGUCUUAGAUCCUUUGGCAAUUUAAUUUCUUUGUUGAACUUGUCCAAUGUGCAUCCUCUGAACUAAUCCAGUUUAUUUUUAGAUUUAAACUUUGAUUUAUUUAUUUUUUUAAUUUUUUUUUUUUUUUUUGCAGGUUGCUGAAAUAUCCUUUAAUUUCUGGUAUAGACUUGGAGAGCAUCUUUACAAAACAAAUGAUUUGGCACUGCAUGGUAUUUUUAAGCCAUACAUCCAGAGGCUCCUUCAUGCAUUAGCAAGACACUGCCAACUUGAUCCAGACCACGUAAGUCAACUUUUUUUUUCUUGCUCCUUGUCUUUUGCCUUAAGAUGUCCAUAUGUUAACAACAGCCAAUACUGCUCAUUGUAGUUUUUAGUGUGCUGUGGAUGGAUCUGUGAGAACUGUCGCCCAGGGACAGUUAAAGGGACUCUCCUGUACCAGGAGCUAAUGUUGUAGUACGCCAUUUGUUUGCAUUGUAAGAUGACCUACUGGAGGAUUACUAUAACAAAGCGGUUUAAGUGAAGCUAUCAAAUCUAAGAUGACUUGGUGUUACUUGUAAGACCAUAAAAUGUAAUAUGUACUUUGUAUUAUCACAAGUAUAGAUAAGAUUUUAAUGUUUUUAACUUCCUGAGCGUUCCCUCUGAGUCUAUGCCAUUGGCCCAGCAGUAAGGAAUGCAUCUGUAUGGCUGCCCUCAUGUGAAUCAAAAUACAUCCUGUAUGCUGGGAGUUGGGGAUGCAUAUCACAUCCACAGCGGGGAGGGUGGCAUCCGUGAGCAUAGAUGAGUAUAUAUUUUAAUCCAGUGGUUCCUAAACUUUUUAGGUUCAAGGCACCCUUAAUAUUUCAAUAUAUUUCCAAGGUGCUCCAAGUCAAAAGUUCUAGGUUGUAUAUUUGUACAGCGCUGCGGCAUAUUCUGGCGCUGUAGAGUAAUGUAUAGUUGAUGUUUGAAGGAGUGCUUGUAUAUAGUAUUAGUUUUUUAAUACAGGGGUGUGUUUUGUAUGUAAUGUUUGAUUGCAGACAUGUUUGAAUGUAAUGUUCACUUUUAAAUGCAGAUGUACAUUUGUGUGAAGUAUUUGUGUUUGAGUGAAGGUGUGUGUGUGUUUGUAUAUCAUAUUGGAGUUUGAGUGCAGGAGUGUGUUUGUAUGUUGUGCUGGUGUUUGACUGUUUGGUUGUAUGCACAUAUACUACUACAUACAUACUUACACAGAUAUACAUGCACAUUUACACACAUGUAUAAAUACAUCCACUGACAUAUGCACACUCUGACAAACCGAUACACGCAAUGAAUAUCCAAUCAAAGCGUACAACCAAUAAUGUAAACAUUUUUUAUUAUUGGAUGGGUACAAAAAAGCUCAAUAUCUCACAAUGCAAAUCAGAAAAAAAAACAAAGCAUGACUCACAUACUGAUAAUAUACAGUGAAUACUGAUACACGCACCAUGACACAUGUACACACUGAGAUACACACAGAUGUGUAUGAACACAGAUACCCUGACACACAGAUGUGUAUACAUACACACAGUGACACAGAUACACACUGAUAUACACACACGUACACACCAUGACAUAGAUACGCACUGACAUAAAAGCACACACACUGAUACAAACCCUGACACACAGAUUCACAUACACAGAUGCACAUGCUGACACACAGAUGUGUGUGCGCACACACACACACUAACACAGAAGCACACCGACAUAUAUAUAUUAAUUACACUCGCACACAUACAAGUGAUAUUUUUUUUAUAUCUGCAGCUACCCUUCUGUUAGCUUACAUUGUGUGUCCAGGAAGGUGGCUUGGAGUCCUGGUCCAGCUGCUGCUGGUGGGAGAAAGGGGUCUGGAGCAGCUCUUCGUACUCCUCUGGUCUCAUGCUGUGGCUGCCUCCUGCACUGUCUGCGUGCAUGAAGCUGGGAGGAAGUAACAGGCUGUCACUUCUUCUAAGCCUGCUGAUGUUACAGGGGCCUGGUCACUGCGCCCGACCAGGCCCCUGUUCAGCAGGAGCUAUAAUUAUUAUAUAUUUGAAUCUAUAAAUUUGCUGGUGAUUUAACCUGUAUAAUGUAUAGAUUGCAUAUGAAUAUGACCUUGCCCUUCUUGCAAAAGUCCUCCAUAGCACAUGCUGAUAGUUCGUUGUCAAAAUGUCAGGAAGAAAACAAAAUGGUAUAUAAUUCUACCAGUUUUUUUUUUUUUUUGUUUGUGUUUUUUAUUUACCGCAAGCAUGUCAAACUCAAAGGUUAACAUGUGGCAAAUAAACAAGGUUUAAGUUUGUGGGCUGCAAAAAACCCAGAAAAUGCAGUUUUCAUAGAAACGUAGGUUUAUUUAGGAAUGUACAGUAUAAAAAGUCGCCUCACGGACACUGGAUGUCCUCACGCUCAUAGGGCUUCAAAGUAACUAAAAAGCUAAUUUAUUUUAAGGAGACGUGCAUUUGCAUAUAACCAAUGUUUUAGUCCAACUACCUUGACAUAUUAAGAAAAGUUUGGUAAUUUGGUAAUCUUGUUGAUUUUUUUGAAGUCCUAUGAGUGUGUUCUGCACUUUAUCUGAGAUCAUCAAACUUGAUGAUCUCAGCCAAUCCAAUGUUUUCCCAUAGGAAAGCAUUGGGAGGCUAUUGUGUAUGUGUGGCAAAACGCUGCACAGACAAUAAGCAUCUAAAUGGGGAGCGUUCAACGCUUCCAUGCAGACCCAAUCAAAUACACUGUCCCCUCCCCCAUUCUAAAACAUUGCCCCUAAAUCCAAUACAUGGCCACCCUCCCUCCACUCUAAUACAUUUCCCACAAAUCAAGUACAUUGCCCACAAAUCAAAGACACUGCCCCUCCCCCCAUUCUAAUACCCUGCUUACAAAUCCAAUACACUGCCCCCUCCACCCAAUCCUAAUCUAAUACACUUCCCUUCAUCCCUCCACUCUAAUUGAAUACACUGCCCACACUCCCACCACUUUAAUUUAAUAAAUUGACCCUCCCCACACACCACUCUUAAACACUGUCCUUUCCUCCCCCAAUUUAAUACACUGCCCCCCUCACUCCUUCAAAUUAAUGCACUGCCCAUUCCCUCCUCAAUUUAAUACAGUGGGCUCUUCCCUCAAAUUAAUGCACUGCCCCCUCUCCCCAAUUUAACACACUACACGGGAAGGUCUCGCCAGCCCCUUUUCCCCUACCUUAAGAUGAGCUGCCUGUCCCUCCAGUUCCAACCCUGCUCUUCUCUACUCAAGCAUACAAGACGCUCCUCUGGCACUGCGAACAGGAGGGAAGGAGGAGUGGCUGGCCUGCUCUGCAGACAGCUACUCUGCCCUCUUGUGGCUGUGGGAGGAAAGACAAGAAUCCGACAGGAAAGUGGCUGUGACCCUUUGGCACUUAGUGCUGCAAUGUAAAAAAUUGCCGUUGCAGGGGUUGUCUAUCCGACAGCUACUGGGCGAGUUUCCGGAAUCUAAACAGACUUUUGGUCCGUUAUCUGACGCUGGACAUCCUCACGGACCUCCAGCAUCAGUGCUUUCCUAUGGGGAGGUCUAAUCCAUUGCCGCGCCUGCGCAUUAGGUCUCCCCUGAUGGCGGGGGAGGAUCGUGGGCGGAGCCUGGACCAGCGCCGAGGGAAAUCGGUGCUGGAUUCAGGCAAGUAGUUGAAGGGGUUUAAACCCCUUUUGCGACAUGGGAUGGGGGGCACUCCAGGAUUCUCUAGUGCCAGGAAAACGGGUUUGUUUUCCUGGCACUGGAGAAUCUCUUUUGUAUGAAAGACUUGCCAUGCAUGAUAAAAAAGAAUGCAGGCAUUGGAAAAAGAAAGUUCAUGUUGUGCACAGAUAUUACAGCCCCCAGGAAGGCAAUCCUAGGAAAAGAUACAUUCUUGCAUUUUAAAGUGUCAUAGCUAUGACAAUGCAAGUGCACCAUACCAAGUAAAGAUAUCUCUUAAUACUCAUGGCCAUAUACAUAUAAGAUUAUUUUUAUUCACAACAAUAAUCUCUUAAAAGUGAAAAAAUAGCAACUCUGUCUUCCCUAUCAUGUUCUAAGUUACUGGCCUGGGACAAGAGUAUACACAUACUUCAAAGACUAGUAUAAAUUCUCUCUCUCUCUUUCUCUCUCUCUCUUUCUCUCUCUUUCUCUCUCUCUCUCUUUCUCUCUCUCUCUCUUUCUCUCUCUCUCUCUUUCUCUCUCUCUCUCUUUCUCUCUCUCUCUCUCUCUCUCUCUCUCUCUCUCUCUCAAUACCUUCCUCUCUCUCUCUCUCUCUCUUCACUCUCUCUAUCUUUCAUUCUCUCUCACUCUUUAAUUCUCUCUCUCUUUCACUCUAUCCCUCUCUCAUUCUCUCUCUCUCUCUCUCUCUCUCUCUCUCUCUCUCUCUCUCUCUCUCUCUCUCUCUCUCUCUCUCUCUCUCUCUCUCUCUCUCUCUUUUUCUUCUCUCUCUCUCUCUCUCUCUAUAAGUCAUUGCUGACAUGGCUUAAAGCAUGUUUAUGAUUCCUUGUGCUUAAAUGUAAAUUGUGAAAUUUACCUUUUGGAUACAAAAAUGUUUUUUUAACAGUUUUUUUUUUUUUUUAUAACAAAUUGAGUUUCAUUAAAGGACCACUAUAGUGCCAGGAAAACAUACUUGUUUUCCUCGCACUAUAGUGCCCUGAGGGUGCCCCUGCCCUCAGGGACCCACUCCCGCACGGCUCUGGAAGGGGGAAAGGGGUAAAAACGUACCUUUUUCCAGCGCUGGGCGGGGAGCUCUCUGCCUCCUCUCCUCCUCCUCUCCUCCUCCGAUGUCGGCUGAAUGCGCACGCGCGGCAAGAGCUGCGCGCGCAUUCAGCCGGUCGCAUAGGAAAGCAUUCAUAAUGCUUUCCUAUGGACGCUUGCGUGCUCUCACUGUGAUUUUCACAGUGAGAAGCACGCAAGCGCCACUAGCGGCUGUUUUACUUGUUUCUGAAUUAUUUUGUAAAUGGUCCCAAUUGUGCCUCCAAGGUCAGAAUGUUUGGUUAUACACAUUGUCAGGCACACACAAAUAAUUGAUCACUUACUUGAAUGUGAGACUCAUAAAGGUUUUAACACCCUCACUUUUCCAUAUAUCUAUAGGAGGGUGUCCCUGAGGAAACAGAUGAUUUUGGAGAAUUCCGUAUGAGAGUGUCUGACUUGGUGAAGGAUCUAAUCUUUCUGGUGGGCUCAAUGGAGUGUUUCUCUCAGGUAGGUAGUAGUCACGCUAUUUGUUAAAUGUGUAUUGCUUUACAGGCACUUGUAACGAAACCUUAAAUUGAUAUAUGUGGCCUAGUGGUAAUUAAAUCAGUUGAAAAAUUACAACAGGAUAGGUAUUCAAUUCUUGCAUAAUCAAUUAUAAGAGCAAAUAUUACAAUAUGUAGUAGUAAGUAUAUCACAAAUGAGGAUACACUCACUCUUCAGGGUGAGGUACAGAAUGUUUUAUUGUGUUUUACAUGUCAUAUAUAAUGUAUACACAUUUAUUUCUAAACAGUGUUUUUCCAAACAAAACAGUCAGUAAUAGAAAUAUGUAAACUUCUAUCUGUUCACCUGACAUUCUGCGCUUUAGGUCUGCAUAAACAGAAACAAAAGUGAUUUAACUCCUAAAUGGCAGAUAAUUGAGCAGUGAGUCUGAAAGAGCAUGUUCUAUACACUAAAACCACUUCUUUAAGAUAAAGGUUUGGUACUUAGUGUCCUUUAAAAUAACACCGUUGUAUCAUGAAUAACUGCUGAUCCUGAGUUCAGGACUUCAUAAUUAAAACUAUUUCUCAGUCAAACCUUAUUUCAACUGUACCCUGCACCUUUGGACUAAAUUUUAAGAAAUUUGCCAAGGCCUGUCUUAUAGUGACCAUUUAUUUAGUCAAAUGUAUAGAUGUUGGUGUCUUCAUGUGAUAUAAGUUUUAGAACUAUUAUUUAUUGAAUUGCCAUGUGAAAAUCCAGCACACUCACUUUACAUGUUGUCUGUUUGUCCCACGUUUACCACAGCAACAUGUCAAUAUAAUCACUAUAUAUGUAAAGGAUCUAAUUAUGCUUUGCCUUUCUGCAGCUGUAUUCUACAUUGAAACAGGGUAACCCACCCUGGGAAGUGACAGAAGCUGUGCUUUUUAUUAUGGCCUCUAUUGCAAAGAGUGUUGAUCCGUAAGUAACGUUGUCCAUGAUAUGGAAAUUAGAUAACAUAUGAGCUUGUGGUUGUGUUGAGUUUAGAAAAAAGUCUCAGAUGACUGAAAUGUAGACACAUUUUCUGGUGUAUAAUUGCACAAUAAAACUUCAAGAUUUAUCUACAAAGUCCUGUAAGUGCAUCUUCCUUUUUAUUCAUAUUUUGGCAUAAGUGAUUUUACACCCAGGCAAGGACAAAACCGGAUGCAUUUGUUUAGUUAGAUGUUUAAAUUGAACUUCAGGGUUUAAUUUAUAGAACAACCUCUUAAAGGGUUACUCCCAGCACCAUAGUUACUUCAGUGGUUCUAAUUGGUCAUGGUUCUUGGAGUGUGUGCAGCAUUUCAGCAGCGGUGUAAGUCCUCAUUGAAACAUUGCUUUGGAGUAAUCCUUGAAGCAACAAAUACAUAUCUUAUAAUACAGAUACAGUAUUUUCUUUUCGUAACUGAUAACUUUACACCUACCACCUCCCCAGCUGGCAGUAUGCUGGUUUUGUCAGUCUCUCCCAAUUCCCUUCUACCAGAUUGACCUUGUUUUUAGAAAAGGGUAAAAAUUCCUUUAUCACGCCCACAUGCUGGCUUUAUUACCGUUGAAUUAGAGGAAUGUCUUGCAUUCUGCAUAUAUGCCGGUGUUCUUUCAGUCUUCUAUACCCCGUCAGAUUGCUAUACCCCUGUCACUUCCGGGGAGGGGAAUCAGUUGGAUCCUGUGCUGCACAUGCGUGCUAGCACUCCUGCUACUCCUCCACAGCAAGGUCCUGGAAGGUAAGUAAAACUAGUUUUACACUUUCAUUAUAAUUAGUGCAUUCACUAAGCUUAGGACAUGGGACAUUUAGGGUUAAUGUUAGGGUUCAAAUUAGGGUUAGGAUUAGGGACUUGUUCAUAUUUAGUGAUAUUUCACAUUAGGGGAAUAUCACUAAAUAGUGCUUUCUCACACUUUAUUUUAACCCUUACCCCAAAGGUUAGGGUAAGAAUAGAGUGUGAGAGAGGUUAGAAGCACUUACCUAACCCUAAUUUGUACCCUCACUUAACCCUAAAUGUCCCGUGUGCCUAAGCUUAGUGAAUGCACUAACUAUAAUGAAAGUGUAAAACUAGUUUUACUUACCUUCCAGGGCCUUGCUGUGGAGGAGUAGCAGGAGUGCUAGCGCAUGUGCAGCACAGGAUCCAGCUGAUUCCCCUUCCCGGAAGUGACGAGGGAUAGAACACCGGCAUAAUAUAAAUUACAUUUUCUUAUCCUUAAGUUAAACACAACGUUAUCCACAUGCUAUGUUGUCUGUUUUGAUUCAUAAUGUUUUCUUUUCUGUGUGGGUUUUCUAAUUAGAUAUUCAUUUUCUUUUCUUCUGACAUCUAACCAGAGAGAACAAUCCAACCUUGGUAGAAGUCCUUGAAGGAAUUGUGCGACUGCCUGAGUCUGUACAUGUCGCCGUACGUUACACUAGCAUUGAGCUGGUAGGAGAGAUGAGCGAAGUGGUAGACAGAAACCCACAAUUCCUUGGUGAGUAUAUUUACAUGUGUAUCUGAAAUUAUAAUACAGCUGCAAUACAGAGUUUGAACUCUGCUCAUGGUAUAAAAGGAAGUGUACAUUUUAAACUCCAUACAAAGAAAAAUGAUUAAUAUAUAUUGUGUUUGUGCACUUGCAGUGCAAAAUGAGAAACUCUAGGAUAGCUGUGGAAACAUGAUUUAUUGAGUUUCUUUGCACAAGGGUGUCUUUCCUACUUUAGCUAUGCAGUUGUUGCACAACAAUAAUGUAUAUAAUUAUGAUUACAUUUGCUUUCCAGAGCCUGUGCUAUCCUACCUAAUGAAAGGCCUUUGUCAGCCAUCACUGGCAUCUCCUUCCGCCAAAGCCAUCCAGAACAUUUGUUCUGUAUGUCGGGACCACAUGGCCCAGCAUUUCAAUGGACUUCUGAAUAUUGCACGGUCCCUGGACUCCUUUACACUGCCACCAGAGGCUGCUGUUGGACUCUUAAAAGGUACUACAUUCCUGGACUUGUAAAAGCAUCCCAAGUCAUGUUUGAGGCUCAGAUUUAUAUAUUUCUAAAUCACUUUUCAUAAAAUUAGACAGGGAAAUUCAAACUGCAGCCAACAAGCUGUAAGGAUGCAGGAUACUUUUUAAAAAGACAUUCCUGUAAUGUGACAGUGGUAAGGAAGGAUGGGAACAGUAGAGACAAAUCAGUUGAAAUUCAUGCAUAUCAGUACUGGCAUGGGAUGAGAAUGUACACUCAAGAUGCUAGACAACCAGAACUGCACAGAGUGCUGCUUAAUGACUACUUACUUUACUUUUGAAAAAAAUUUUUUUUUGACAUUUUUACAUUUUCAUCUGGUGUCGACAAGGUUUGUGUCCCAGCUUCCAAAUGUAGGAUUGUCCACCAGAUCUUGUACAUGAAAUGCAUGCAUGGUAAUAAGUGCAAUCAGUCGUAUAAUGACCAACUCCAUGAACAUCGCAUUUAUUUGUUAUAAAUUAUGUGAUAAUUACAUUAAUACAUAGAUUUCUGAGUUUGAUGUAUUUAUACUUAUUGUGCUAUGUUUCCGCUCAGGCACUGCACUCGUCUUGGCACGCCUGCCAUUGGAGAAGAUCUCUGAGUGCAUGAGCGAGCUGUGUACUGUUCAGGUCUCAUCACUGAAGAAGGUGAGGGGAAAUACAGUGAGUGGCUAAGUAUUUUCCCAGAGUUUCAUUAUUUGUGGUUUUACACAAUGCAGUGUUAUUAUGAUGUUAUGAUUAUUUUUGAUUAUGCACGGAUGUAUUACUGCCUUAAGGGGAUACUAUAGGCACUGAUACUAUAGGCACUGAAACAAUUUAUUUUAACGAAUCAGUUUAGGUGUAUAGCCCAGCACCUGUAGUCUCAAUGCUCAAUUCUCGGCAAUGUAAGAGUCAAAUCACUUUGUUUAUGCAGCUCUGGUCACACAUCCCUGCAUGUGAUUUGCUCAGCCUUCCUAAACACUUCUGUAAAGAGAGAUGUAAUGUUUGUACUUCCUUUGCUGCGCACAGGGCUGGAGUUGCAUAAGGCCUCGGAGUGGCACAGCUGCUUGAAAAAAUUUUAUAGAUCUCCCUCACCGGCCUAUUCCCCUGUAGUGGGGCCAGUUAAACAGACUGGGAGGUGGUCUUGUCAGCCCUGCUUGAUUUUCUUCACCAGCUCUGUUCUAUUGCAUCCAGAGCAUUGCUGCUGUUUACUGUGGCAGCGCUCUGAUACAUUUCCAUUCGCCAGCUGGCUGGAGCAGCAACAUCUCCCACCAGGGAUCAAGAUUCCCCACUCUAUGGUCAAAGUGAGGCUCAUUAAGGGGGGGUGGUCAUGGUGGUAGGAGUUAGCAUGUGCAGUGUUUCAGCUUGAAACACUGCACAUACUGAGAUAUUGGCACUAAUGUGCCAAGGUAUUGCACUCCUUGCAUGUGACUUUGGCAAUCCAGAGCUCUGUUCCAGACUGCCAAAUGUCAAUUCUGUGCAUAAAAUGUCGUCGUCCACUCUCACAGCUUGCUGGCAACAGACUUAUUGAGGUUGUCCUUCACAGAGUUUCCCCUCUAUGAGAAGCCUUUGAUUGGACUUUGCAUGGUUGUUGUGACAUCAUGGGGGUCGUGGAAAGCUACUCCAGGAAAAUAUAUAUUUCUUGAGAGAGUCUCUAAACAGUAAUGCUCAUGCCCAGUAAUGCAUUCUUUAAUAAAAAGGGUUGGAGUAACUCUUUAAAGGAACACUAUAGUGUGAGGGACACAAACAUGUAUUCCUGACAAUAUUGUGUUAAAAAUAAAUAUUUGGAUCCCCUACUACCACUCCAUGCAAUAAAAUGUUUACUCAUAUUGCAGCGGUUGGCUCUGCCUCGCUCCGCCUCCAUGGCUGAGACCAUUAAACUUGAUUAUCUCAGUCAAUCCAAUGCUUUCUUAUAGGAAAGCAUCGGGGAGCUAUUGUGCAUGCACUGCAAAACAGCAUGCUGCACCAUUGGCCUAUCCUUUUAGAGAUGAAUUAAAUCAGUGCAUCUCUAUGAGGAACAUUCAUCGUCUCCAUGUAGAGCGUGGAUACUCUGAAUGCCAGUGCUGUACACUGUGUAGCCAUAACACUGGAAUCACCUCUAGUGACUGCCACUAAAAGGUGUGUCUGAAAAGACAAUGUUUACAUUGAGCUAAAUUUUUCUGGGGAGGUAUGGGUAGGGAUGUAUGGUCAGAAACUAAUUAAUUUAACUCCUGAAUGGCAGAGAAUUGAACAGUGAGGCUGCAGGAAAAUGAUCCAUUCACGAAACUGGUUCAUUAAAUUAAAGUUGUUUUGAUUCCUAUAUUAUCUGUUUUAAAUGUAGGGCAGAAUUUUGCAUCUCAUCUCUGGGGGGGUGGAGGGAAGGGUGGUUAAAGUGUAUGUGUGUAUAUAUAAUUACUUUGAAAGUUAGAUAUCUAAUCAGUUCUUUAUUAUCCUCCUUGAGAGACAUUAAAAGGAUUUAAUUUGGUUUAAUGUGAUGCUACUUACACUACAAUCAGUGUCACUUCUUUUUCUGGUGCAGUGCUUUCUGAGUAAUUCUGUAAUUUAUCCCUGCAAUUUGCAUUAUUUUUGUUUUAGAGUGCUCUGCUUACAUAAACUCUGAGUGUCUGUCCUGUCAAAUUACUAUCAGGUUUGUUGCUCAAAGUGCAUGUAAGCACAGCUCGAUAAGCCUGUGAGACCACAUUGAAUUGGAAAUCCCACAUGUGGAAAGCUUUUGCCAUAUAGCUUCAUUAUUGAAUCUGUUAGGCUACCAGCAAUGCUUAUUCUAAUAACUACACCAAACUAGCAAAACACAUUGACACUAUGAGGUUAAAAUAAAAAAGGUUCUAUGAUAAGGUCUGAAAUUAUUAGUUAAUCUAGUACUAAAUCACAAUUUUUACAGCAGAAAAGAAAUUCUAAAAGGAGCACAAAAGAAAUAUGGCACACUUACUGUUGUAAUUUUGUGAUACACGUGCUCAUUUGGUCCACAUUUAACGUGAUACAAUACACUAGUACAUUACCAUUGUAGAGUGAGUGUGUCUGUGUGUGUGUGUAUAUAUAUAUAUAUAUAUAUUUUUUGACAAUGUUAUAUACUGUACUGUAAUAAAAUGUCACUUUUAAGGUACAGGUUUAGGUCCUCCUGCAGGACACCAAAAUUUAUAUUAUAUUUCAGUUUUUUGAAUGUAAUGUUUCUGGAGCACACAUUGGUUGAUAUAUCCUCUGCAUUCUAGCCCAAAAGUAUUCCUUUGCUUGAGAUUAUGGUAUACUGUGCCCACAAAACAUGCCUGACCUGGUGUUUGAUUUCUCAAGGGUCACCCUUGACUUGGACUGUGUGUGUUGUUUUCCACUAUUUCUAAUAGAAAUAUGACAUACUUUUCACUCUGCUGAUUUGCAAUAUUUUGUUCAACUUGGACAAAACAUUAAUGAAGUGCCAUGUAAUUAAAAAAACAAACACAAAAAAAACUUCGCUCAGUAGUAGUUAAAACUUAAACUUAUGACGGUGGCAAAGCCCUAAACAAGACAAGAACUUGAAGUAAUUUGGGAAGUGGAGAUUCUUGCCUCUCUACAUAAACUCAGUUAAAGUAUUGGAUUAGUCUGAUGUAGAAAAUUGUAAUACUUUAAAGGCUUUGAUAUUAAAACUUAAAGGGAUACUCUAAGCACCAAAAUGUCUUUUUACACAGCAGUUUUAGUUCAAAGACCAUGUUUAUACUUUCAGAGAAAUUGCAAUGUUCCAAUCAGAAUGCCUCUGUCUGCAGCAGCAAGACUGUGAUGGCACUGAUUAAAAGUUCAAUAGUGAUAAUUAAUUAAUAAAGGGAACCCUCCAAACGGAGAAGUGCGCUCAAGUGGUUAUAGGGCACAGAGGUAUUCCUGUAACCGCUUAAGGACCAAACUUCUGGAAUAAAAGGGAAUCAUGACACGUCACACAUGUCUUGUGUCCUUAAGGGGUUAAAGGAGCACUAUAGGGUCAGGAACACAAACAUGUAUUCCUGACCCUAUGGGGUUAAAACCACCAUCUACCCCCCUGGUCCCCUCAUGCCUCCCUAAAAAUAGAAAACUUACUUGUAUUCAAGCCUGAAGCUACUAGCUCUGGCUCUGUUUUCUUUAGACCUGCCCACUGCCCAAGUGGUAGCCUGGUCCAAUCACAAUACUUCCCCCAUAGAAUUGGCUGAGAGUGACAAAGAGGCAGAUCAGGGGCAGAGCCAGCAUGAUUCAAACACAGCCCUGGCCAAUCAGCAUCUCCUCAUAGAGAUGAGUUGAAUCAAUGAAUCUCUAUGAGGAAAGUUCAGUGUCUGCAUGCAGAGGGUGGAGACACUGUAUGUUUGGAUGCAUUUUAGGCAGCUAUCACCCAGGAAGGAUCUCGAACAGCUAUCUGAGGAGUGGCCAGUGAAGUUAUCACUAGGCUGUAAUGUAAACACUGCAUUUUCUCUGAAAAGAUAGUGUUUACAGCAAAAAGCCUGAAAGUAAUGAUUCUACUAACCAGAACAAAUAGAAUAAGCUGUAGUUGUUCUGGUGACUAUAGUGUCCCUUUAAUAUAUUAUUUUAGGUACAAAAUAAUUGUUAUUUAGAACAGUGUAUUGCCUUGUAAACAUUUUGUAUGUAUGGUUCUCACCCAAAUAAGAUCAAUUGCCAUACUGAACAAUAUGGAACAGUGGAGUAUAUAUAUCCAGCGCACUCGCUUAUUCACUAAACAAUGAUUUCAAAUCUCACAGAUUGUAAUAGUUUUAUUUAACCCCUAAAGGACCAAACUUCUGGAAUAAAAGGGAAUCAUGACAUGUCACACAUGUCAUGUGUCAUUAAAGGUUUAAAAACCUCACCUAGGCAAAAAAUAAUAGUGCUUGCAUAAGCCUGCCACAAUGUGGGAGUCUAGGCCAGCUCCUUGGUUUUGCACCCCUCCCUGUCACAGGUUCCUCAUUCCAGGACCCUAUUUAGCCUUGGCCUGCAGAGAGUCCCAGCAGGAAGUAUUUCCCAAGUCAGUGGAUUAAUCUCAUAAGAGCAAGCAUUAUGCUGCUAGAGUAGGACCUACAUUGACGUUGUUGCAGGCUAAACCCCCAUUAUUUUUUGCCUAGGUGAGGUGUUUUUAAAUAAAACUAUUACAAUCUGUGAGAUUUGAAAUCAUUGUUUAGUGUAUGUUAGUGUGAUGGAUUGUGUAAAAAAAAGAGAAAAAAAGUUGGGAAUCUGGCACUUUUCCUUAAAGUAGUAUAAAACAAAUAAACCAUGGUGCUGCACAGCGUAAAUAUAGAAGAUAGAAAAAAUUAGAGUACUAAGUGGAUUUGGUCCAAAAAGCAAGUCGUGUUGUAUUCAAAACAUCAGCAACGUUUUGACCCAUUGGUCGUCCUAUGGGUCGAAACGUUGAUGAUGUUUUGAAUACAACACAAUUAACUUUUUGGACCAAAUCCACUCAGUGCUCUUUUUUUCAAUCACAUAUAUAUCAUAAACAAUUGUGCUACAUGUAUAUUUUCUUAUUAAAAGCAUUAUACAUGUAUAGUAAGCCACUGUUAUGUGAGAUCUUUAUUGGUGCUUCAUUAUAAAAAAAAAAAAAAAAAAUACAAACAAGGUUAUUACGAAUUAUGAAUUCCAAUGAAUUUCAAAUUUAAAGCCACAGUAGCUGCAUGGAAAGCAUAGCUGACUUAGAGAAUUUUUCCAGUUAAGGCAUUUUGAACUUAAAUUUGAAUUUUCACUUUUGUAAAUAAUGUAAGUAGAAAAAGGUAAAAGCGCACACAAAUUGGUAGAGGUUAGUUACCUGUGAUAUAAUAAUUUUACUGGUAACUGAUAGCAGAUUUCAGUUAAAUUAUUAUAUCACAGGUAACUAACCUCUGCCCUUUUGUGUUCGCUUUUACCUUUUUCUACUUAUAUUGUAUCUUUUUAAGUAUAUGUGGUGGCAAUAUACUUUGGUAUAGCAGCACCUCACAUUGUAUUUAUCCUUAAGCGCCAUCUCUAUAUGUUUUGUUAAUAUUUUCUACUUUUGUAAAUAACCCUAUUAGUAUUCUAAUGCAGUAAGUUGAAAACAUGUUCUAUCUGUCUAUACACAGCUACUUUCCCAAGAUUCUAGUAAUGGCAUAUCUUCUGAUCCUACGUUGUUUUUGGACAGACUGGCUGUCAUUUUUAGGUAAGUCACCUUAUUUAUCUGUAUUCUUAACACUUGUUGUGAGUCCGUGAAUGAGUCAUUUACAUGUCAUUUGGCCAGUACCAGAAAAGUUGAUGAUUUAAAUAUUAAUAUAGAGGUGUAGGGAAAUGCAUUGCCCUGGUUAUGCCAUAUCGCACAUUUUUCAGUGACUGCCUAUUUAAGUGUAUGGCUUAAGAGCGAGAACUUGUGUGAAGUACUCAUUUUGUCAAAAGCUGGCGGUAGUAGUUCUAGUUCUUUAGGAGUUUACAAAUGCAUAUUAAUGCCCCGAGAACUAAUAUAAAUAACAGGUUCUUUGCAUGUUGGUGCUAGAGUGCAUGGUUCUUCCACUAUGAACUUUAACUAAUUGAUGGACUACAAUUUCCAUUUUAAUUUGUGACAGAAUUGUGUAAACAGCGGUUGUUACACUUUUACUCUAUAUUGCAUAGUGUUUGUAUGUUAUAUGUAUCCAGAAUCAUCUGCUUGUCAUCUAUACAUAAAAUGUUUGGUACUGGGAGAUUGCAUUUCCUCUAAAGUGUACAGCAACCAACAAAUGUGCGCUUUUCAUUCUCUCUUCUCUUUUCUAGUGCAUCUAAACAUGUGUAAUUGUGUGUAAGUACAGUUCUAUGCCCUAAAAUCACUUUUAUAAUGUAUUUUUUCUUUACUCCAUUUUGUGUCCUAGGCAUACAAAUCCUAUAGUAGAGAAUGGACAAACCCACCCGUGCCAAAAAGUCAUCCAAGAAGUAAGUAACUGCAGGAAAUUCUAUUAUUUCUGUGUUUUGGCCAUUUGUAUGUAGAAGGUGGGACACAGAUCAGUCUAACAUCUGUUAAAAUUCAUGUAAAUGAGUAUCCAUUUGUUUUAUCAACUGGAUGGCCAAACCACAUUUGUCUAAUAUUCUAUAAUUCAAUACAGCUGUUUUUGUUUUUAUUUUUUAAGAUCUGGCCUGUGAUGUCGGAGACUUUAAACAAGCACCGCGCUGACAAUCGGAUAGUUGAGCGCUGCUGUCGCUGUCUACGAUUUGCAGUUCGCUGUGUUGGGAAAGGAUCUGCUGCCCUCCUGCAGCCUCUUGUCACCCAGGUAUUGUGCAGAUAUCCGUGAAUUGUAUUGAUAGUCUAUUGUGAGUUUUCUAUAAUGUUAAAAUGUUAUCUUUAGAAUGCAUUGUUCUUUAUGUUGAAGACAGUUAAUAUUACUAUGCAGAAGGCAUAUGUAGCAUGGAUAGUAAGAUUUAAUUGUUCUUGUGUUGUGUGGUACUGAAAUAGUUUGGUUGUUUGUGCAGUCUUCUAGUGUUACACUAUAAAAUAACUAGAGGAGUUAAGGUCAGUUUGUCCUGCAACCUUAACAUAGACAGCUAAAAUGCUUGUGAUGUAUAUUUCAUGGAAGCUAUGGCUUAUCUGUAUCAGGCCUGUUUUCUUUAAGUUUUGCUCUUCAUGUCUAGAAUGGUGAGCAUGCCAGAUUAAUUGUGAUAAAAUUUUUUAUUUUUUUUAAAGAAUUUAAGCACAACUGGAUAGGUAACUAAACAUGCGCUAUUUGCUGCAUGCAUGCAUCUCACCGUUUUAGAAAAUGCCAUGUUUAUGUACAGCAUUUCUACCAGGUCUUACAAUUUGAGGUUUACUAGCCAGGCCUUAUUAGUGACUCGCCACUGCUAGCCAUAGAAUUUUGCACAGUAGGGGAUCUUCUACUUGCCAGGGCUACAUUUUCACUUACUAGUGGCGAGUGGAAGUUUCUUACAUAUACGCACCUGCCGUAGGCAUCAUGGGGUUGUGAGGUGACCUCAAUACCGUAGUUUGUUGGUGUGUGGGUGUAUGUAUAUGAGAGAGAGUGAGAGAUAUUACACACUUUGCUGUGCUGUUCAUCCCAGUAAAUGCUUAAAGGAUCACUAUAGGUACCCAGACCACUUUAGCUCAAUGAAGUGGUCUGGGUGCCAAGUCCCCCUAGUUUUAACUCUGCAGAGAAACUGCUAUGUUCACAUUGAGGGUUAAUCCAGCCUCUAGUGGCUGUCUCCCUGACAGCCGCUAGAGGUGCUUCCGCAAUCCUCACUGCAAAAAUCGCAUUGAGGACAUGCUGGACGUCCAUAGGAAAGCAUUGAGUAAUGCUUUCCUAUGGACGGUUUGAAAGCGUGUGCGGCUCUGGCCGCGCAUGCGCUUUCGGAGCUGACGUCGAUUGGGGAGGAGAGGUCACCGGUGCUGGAUUUAAGGUAAGUGGAUGAUGGGGGUUUUAACCCCUUCAGCCCUGCAGGAGGGGGAACUUAAUAACCCUAUAGUGCCAGGAAAACAAGUUUGUUUUCCUGGCACUAAAGUGCUCCUUUAAAUGAUAUUUAUUGAAUUGAGAAAAUGUUACUUCUCUGGAAGUCACCGUUUCUGUUUACAACGUGAAUUUGCCGUAAAAUGUCCUUGUACAGACCUGAAGCUUUAUAUUUGUUUCUCAUUUCCUGUCUCAUUCAGAUGGUAAGUGUAUACCAAAUUCACCAACACUCGUGCUUCCUGUACUUGGGCAGCAUCCUGGUGGACGAAUAUGGGAUGGAGGAAGGGUGUCAGCAGGGACUGCUGGAUAUGCUCCAGGUAAAUGUUCUAUUUCUGCCUAGCCUUUGUAUCAUUUUGUGCUUCAACUUGUAGUCUAUAGCUCUUUCUUUGUUUAUUCAUUAAUGGAGAUUGGUAGAGACGAUGUUUUGCAUUUUACCGAUAAUUCAUAUCGGCCUUGUAAUUUACUGAUAUUAGUGAUAACUUACUCACCUCUCCCAGUCACCACAUGCGGUCUUCUGCAUUUGGAAACUCUACCUGCUAACCAAUGAAGUGCCACGUUGUGACCUCAUGUCAACCCUUUCUGAGAGUCCCUGGAUGCGUAGCUCAGCUGAAGGCAGGGAGAUAAGACCACGAAUAAGCUACUGCUGUCUAGGCAUCAACGGAUAUUGAUUUUUUUUUUUUUUUUUUAUAUUUUUAGAGCCGAUACCGAUAAUCUGUGAACUUUCAGGCCGAUAGCCAAUAACUUACCGAUAUUCUGUACAUUUACCGUUUUGAAAAAAGAAACCAUUUCUACACAAAUCUACUGUUAACUGAACAUGUUUAUUAUUUUAUUUAUUUAUUUAUUUAUUUUUAUUAAGGUAAAUGCACAAAAUAUACAUGCCAGUCGGAAUUUUUUGUUUUCAAGAAUAUAUGUGUAGUGGAUGCAGUGAGAGUAUUUGAUUAGUGAAUGCGGUGUGUGUGUGUGUGUGUGUGUGUGUGUGUAAAAAUAUGUGGGGUUGGAAUCUGUGGAUUUUAUUUAUUUUAUAAAUAAAAAUAAUUAUAUAUAAUUACAUUUAAAAGAAAAUUAAUAAAAAUAAUUUUUAUUCCUCUCUCACUGGCCACAGGUACAAAGUGCAUUACACUCCCUGGUGGGGGAGUAAGGGCUGCAGUGUGUGUGUGAAGGGGUGCAGUGUGUGUGUAUAUGAGGGGUUAGUGUUUGUGUGAGCGGGGCAGUUUUAUGUGUGUGUGAAUGUGUAGGGUGUUAUUGUGUGUGUGUGUGUGGUAGGGAGGGAAGCAGAUCAAAGCAAAUAUAACUUUUUUUAAAAACCAAAUAUAUUGUUAAUCCCCCCUCCCUUCUUAAAUGUUGCCUGGGAGGGGGAGACAUUGCUUUCCAUCCCCGGGAGUCCGGUGUGGAAGCCCUGGUGGUCCCUUUGGUGAGAGUUCACUCUCGCGAGAGCGGAGCAUUGCCGUGGUAAGCACAGCAACGCUCGCGAGAGGAGAACCAGACGGAGCUGCAGGUAGGAGCUCCCCUGGGUCCUCUCUCCCCUGCCGGGUGCCUGUGGGCUGGGGAGGGAGAUCACUGAUCUUCCCUUGCCCCACUGUCUGCAUUAUUGGCAAUAUCUGUAUCUUUAUAGGGCGAUACCGAUAUUGCUAAAAAUGCAGAAUAUCAGCUAGACCAAUAAUUGGUCGAUACCUACUGCUGUCCACAGUCAAACCCCUAUCCACAACAGCACUGUACAUGCUGGGAUCUCACGGAUUCUAGCACGUACUGUGUGCCUGAAAGUAAUAGGUGUGAUUGUUUUCAGCAUGUUCAGUUAAUGCCAGAUUUGUGUAGAAAUUGUUACUUUUUCAAAACUUUAAAUGUACAGAAUAUAGUGACCAGGUAUCGGAAUCAGCUCUAGAAAAAUUCUAUCUGUCGAUCCCUACUUUCAAUCCAUGGUGCCUUUUAGAAUUUUUAAAAUAAUCACUAUUUAACAGGUUAUAGAACAAUAUAUUUAUGAUCAUUUAUGCAAACAAUAUGUUGAGCUUGUGCACAAAUCCUUUUCGCCAAUGACAAAUAAUUUGAAUUCCUAUUAAUCUACGCCCAAACAAAUAAAUCCAUUGUCAGGGAUUUGCAUGAUAUACCCGAUUUGGGUUCUGGAAGAGACCACUCAGAUUUUUUUAAAAAUAAUUAUCUCUACAUGUAUGGCAGCCAUUUCAAUUCACUGUCUGUUGAAUUCCAACACAGACACAUCUCAUUCUACUUAAUGAGGUACUGAUUAGAUUAUUACCUGAACCACAUCUUAUUUAAUGAGGUAAGGUUAAUCACUGCAGUGAUCAUCAUGAUCGUCUUGCAAUAGGGUCAGCUGAAUAACAAAAACAGGGCUAAUAGUACUUCAAAAGUAAUUUGGAAUAAAAAGAUAAUUAUUGACCAUGCCAAAAAAGUUAAAAAAGAAAGAGUUUGAAUGAGGAAAAGUGCUCCAUUCUGGAUUUUUUGAGAGUGCCAGAUUGCUUUUAUCCUAAAAGUUUCAAAGACAGUCGUCCAUUGUACAGCACUAUGGAUUUUGCUGGUGCUAUAUAAAUAAGAACAACAAGCUCAAGCAGCAGACAUUGGGGACAACAAACCUGAAGACCAGCAAAGGCAAAAAUGAAUCUCAACUGACCUGGAUGACUGCCAACUCAUUUGAAUGUCACUCAACAACCAUAGGCUGACAUCAAAUGACCUACAAAAAGAAUGAGAAAUGACAGCUGGGUGAAGUGAACAACAGGAAAGUGGUUUCAGAGUCAGGUGAAGUUUGCAAAAUUGUCUUCUUUAGAGGCUCACAAACCACCGUAUCUCUCACCCUCUGUGAAAUUGAAUCAGUGAUGAAGUGAGGGUGCUUUAGUCAAAUCCAAUAGAUUCAUCUUUGGAAUGGAUGCAUAAAUUAAGGUUAUCUUAGCAAAAAACUUGCUCUGACAAUGUUCCCCAUUUCCGAGGAAUAUUUUUCCUGCAAAACAAUUCUCCAUUACCCACUGCCAGGUCAGCUAACUUGUGGAUGGAGAACACUAGAUUACGUCCCUAUCACGGCCAGCCCAAUAUCCUAAUUAAAGCCCACUGAAAAUCUGUUAUGUGAUCAUGAGGGCGAUAGAAGAUCACAAGUCAUCAAAGGCGAGCUGUAUGAAUUUUGGCGCCAGGAGUAAACUCAACCAAUAGCAAUGUGAAAGACUGGUGGAGAGCACGCCAAGAAACAUGAAACCUGUAAUUAAAAUCUAGGUUGUUACAAAAAAAUAUUGAUUUCUGAAUUCUUCCUAAGUGAAAACAUUAGUAUUCAUAUACUAAGAUAAUACAGUUUUCUCUGCAUUUUUUUCGAGGUCUGAAAUUUUUUUUUUUUUAAUUUAGUAUGUUUUAUUUUCACCAGUUGUCAUUUUCUGCAAAUAAAUGCUCAAAAUGACAAUAUUGUGUGCAAAAUCCCAGUAAUUUAUAGCAUAAAGCAAAAUUAUAAACUAAACGCAAUAUUUUGCUACAACUGAACUUCUGAAGUUUUUUAUCAUAAGCUUCCUGAAAUGAACAGACCUGUUGCAUUAGCAUGCACUGGACAUGCCUGCUUAUAUUUUAAGCUGUGUUCAUCAUUGAACAACCUUUACUGAGCACAUGAUAGGUAUUUGGUUACCAAAAGACCGAAAUAAGUAUAUUUUCAUCUUGGGGAUUUUCUUAGUGUUUGUUUUUUUUUUUUUUUUUUUACAUUUUGUUCAACUAAAUGUAAUUAAAAUUUUAAUUUUCAAGGUACAUUCAUGACUUGCAUUGAUAGCAGUCCGUUAUUAUUUAUGUGAUAAGUGAGUGUACUGUGACCGCACAAAAUAAUUAUGUAAUAAAUCCAGAAGAACUGUCAAUAUUUGCAUUAAAUUUCCAUUUUGUUUUUACAGGCCCUGUGUGUCCCCACUUUCCAACUUCUGGAGCAGCAGAAUGGUCCUCAAAAUCACCCAGAUACUGUGGAUGAUCUGUUUCGGCUGUUCACUAGGUAAUAUUCACUUUGAGGGAAACUACCAAUUGUACCCUUGUCCAUAGUUUGCAUCAAUUAAACUGCAUCUUUUCAAUAUGACUUAUCAAUUCAUAGUUGAUAAUAUUAAAGGGUAACUAUAUUGCCAGGAAAACAAACUUUCCUAUUGGGAUUGCAGUGACGCUGGAAGUCCUUAUGCAGGGCGUGAUGUCCAGUGUCGGUUAGGCGACCAAGUCGCCUUUCCACCCGGAAGUAGUUAACCCUGAGAGGUAAUUAUUACAGUUUAUAAGAACUGCAAUAAUUGCCACACUAGGGUUAUGGAGUGAUGGGAGUUUGCACCUAGACCACUUCAAUGAGCUGAAGUGGUCUGGGUGCCUACAGUGUCCCUUUAACAAUUCUAAUGGAAAUGGUAAACACUAAAUGAAUUCAAUUCACUGAUAAAAAGGCGUCCAUAAUAUUGGCAUUAUGUACUUGAAAGCGUAAUGUAAACAAAGCUGCCAUCUUUUAAAUUGCUUUCAGUUCAGCUACUUUGGUCUUCAAUUUGAAAAUCACUUUGAAUUCUAACUUUAGUGAAUAUAUAUAUAUAUAUAUAUAUAUAUAUAUAUAUAUAUAUAUAUUUUUUUUUUUUUUUUAUUUCCAAAGCAGUCUUAUUUACACCAAUUUUAUUCCCCAGGGUAAAACGUAGCUUUUUAAAAUUUUAUUUAUUUAUAUCUAUUUGGACGUUUAUCAGUUCGAAUAAUGUGAAUGUAUUCUCACAGUGGCAAAAAAAUAUUUGAUUGUAGCAUGAAACCCUUCCCUUCUCUUUAGGUUCAUUCAGCGUUGUCCCAUUGUCCUGCUCCGGAGUCAGGUGCUAGGUCACGUAUUACAAUGGGCUAUUGCAGCCACUGCUCUAGACCACCGGGAUGCCAAUUGCAGUGUCAUGAAGUUCCUGCGUGAUCUUAUACACACCGGGGUGGCCAAUGAUGUGAGUAUUCUGUUAAUCACAGCACAGGAACAACUUCACUGUGUUCUCUUCCUCUUUAUCUGAUAUAUACAUUAUCAAAUCUCUCUGAGAAAUUCUCUCUUCUCUUGAUUCAUCUUUCAUUUUGGAAAGAAGAAAAUACUCCUUGAUCUUUAACUGUAUUGUACAGUGAAAUAGGAGCACUCUAAUUCUUACUAUUCUAUAUUUAUCAUGAGUGAGAGGCUUGGGGACAUGUAUGAACACUGCACCAUCACUGCCAGUGUCUGCAAUUAACCUCUUUAAAAGAAAAAGCAAAAAACUUAUUGAUCAUUAUAUUAUACUAUUCUAUUUACUAUAUUUUAUACUUUGCUUUAAACCACAAAAAAGGAGGAAAAAAAUCCCAGGUAUGACUUAUUCCCAAAAUAAGGAUGUAUAAGUUUAUCUAUUUUGUAGUAACAUGGGCACUAGUUUAUAUAUGACUAAAAGUGUGUGGAGAAAAAAAUAUAAAUCUAUAAUUAUUUAUUUUUAAUGAUCAGUUAAGAUGUAGUUUAACCCCUUAAGUGCGGACGAGGUCCGUCACUCAGGGGAUUGCCAUAAUGACGAGUGACGGACCUCGUCCUUCACGCGUUAAAAUCAACACCAGAUCGCCGCGAUCGCGGGGUUAAUGGUGCUCCGGUCUGCCUCUGUAUUAGAGGCAGACCGGGAGCACCCGAUAGUGCUGCCCCAGCACAUGCGCUCGCCCUGACAGCCUGUCAGAGCGAGCACAUGUGCUCAGUAUACUUACCUUCCGCCUCCCUGCACUUCCUGGUUCUGUGUGAAGUGCAGGGAGCCGGAACAAUGAUGAUCCUGCCCCCUGUGUAAAAAAAAGUUAAAGCAGAGAAGUAAUCCGUCAAAAUUUGCCUUAAAUCUUCCAUAUUUCCAUUUUCUGCUAAAUUUCUAAAACCCAGAUUUUUGCGUCUGAAGUGGUCUUCAAAAUCGUUCAAUUUAAGCUCCAGAUCUGAGAUCUUACAGUGUGCCUUUUGGCAAUCAUCUGUUAGAUUUUUUACAGUAAAGUCCAAUUCUUUAAAUUGAUCCUCAUAUUUCUCAAUUUUUACAGCGAGCACAUUUAUUUCCUGUUUAAUUUCUAAUUUAAUUUCUGCGGCUGUUACGGCCAACUCAGUUUUUAUCUCUUGCAAAUUAGCCUUUAAACUGGAACAUAGAAAAGUGAUUAACAGUUCUUUAUCAGAGGUUGUUUUACCCUCUAAUUCCAGACUUUCUAAGCUGAGGUCCGUAUCAUUCAUCUUCUGUUUAAGACUUUUGUGUUGUGGAGAGAAAUAAGUUGAUAAUGAUUUAUACAGUGAGGGAUAGAAGAUUUUGAGUCAUGUGACUUUUUAGCCGCCAUGGUGUAAAGCCACCUGGGCGGGAGCCAAUUGAUAUGAAACAAUUGACCGGUAUUAAUUAAGGCUGCAAAUCCCCAAUUUUAAAAUUAAAAAAAUAAUUCAAUAACUGGUGAGUCACAAUAGGAGUAAGAGUUCAGAAAAAUAGCAAAUAAUAUUCACUUAUCUUGUGUAGCAUCUGAUGGGGUUUGAAAACAGUAUGCAGAAUAUCUCCCUGUCACAGGAAGCAGUGGGAUACAAUAAGUUGUCGUUUUAAUAUCCUCUAAUUCUUCUGGUUUAGUUUACAUCUGAGGAGAACAUUAUUGAAAAAAUUAAUUGUAUAACCAAUUCAAACUAUUUUGCAGUUGAGUUCAGGACUAAGCAGCAAGUUAGUUCGUCACAGUAGCUGGUAUAUAAUACCACUCAGGAAUGCUGCUGAUGUUCUGACUGCCGCAUGUCUAUUACAGAAUCGCCGGCCGUGAUUAUAGAUGCCUUGUUUGUAAUAUGCAUAAAAUGGCACAUAUAAGUUAACUGGAACAAGCCAAAGAUAUAAGCUGGAUCUCCCGAAUUGAGUGAAGGGAUUUAGUGAAAUUGAUCAACCGCAAAACUAAUAAACGGGGAGAGCAGUCCUCUGGAUCAGCUACCUCAGGUCGUGCCGUUUCAUGGCGCGUCGCCACUCCUCUUCCGUCAUGGCCUUCCCUAAAAACUCGUUUUUAAAAGUAAAAAAAGUUUAAGUAAAACAAUACAUUUAAAAAUGCUCAUUACCACUACACUUGGUACAAGCUAGCAGAAAAAUUAUCCCACGCUAAGGUUCAAAAUAUGCGUUUUGAAAUACCCUGGGAUGUCUUCUUUAACCCCUUAAGGACACAUGACAUGUGCGACAUGUCAUGAUUCCCUUUUAAUCCAGAAGUUUGGUCCUUAAGGGGUUAAGAAAUGGUAUGGCUUUAUGUGGUAUUUGUAUUAUAUAGCCUGGUAAAAUACUCUAAAAUGGAACAUGGACACAGUGUAAAAAUGUAAAGUUUGAAAAAACUGGAAUGGCUGUGUCCCAAAUGUGCCCCUCCGAAGUCCACAUAUACCUGGCAAAGGUACAUACGUAUUGCUGUACUCAGCCGACAUAGAUGAGCAACAUAUUAAGUAUUAUACAUUGGUAGCACACAUAAGGUUUGCAAAACAUACUGUGCAAACUCACUUUGUGUGUCAAAAAUGAUCCCACGCUAAGGUUCCAACUAUACCUUUUGAAACACCCUGGGGUGUCUACUUUAAAAAAUGGUAGGCCUUUGUGGGGAAGUUUGAAUUUAAACCCUGCUAAGAUGCUUGGAAAUUGCACAUAGACCCAGCGUCAAAAUUCAGAGUUCGGUAAAAACUGAUAUGGCUUGGUCUCCUAUAUGGCACUGUAGCUUCACAAAAUAGUGCCAAAGACAUUCAUUGGGGGUGUCUUUUUACUCAGAAGACUUAGCUGAGCAUAAUUUGGGGGGUAUGAACUUAGUGACACAUGUGAAAUAUACAAAAUGCCCAGCAAAAAUGCAAUCCAUAUGUAAAAAACGCACAAAAUUAUUUUUUAUCACAUAAUUUGGCAUAUAUUGGUGAAAAAAUUAGGGCAUGUUAAGGCACAAUAUGCACCUUAUGAGAUACCCUGGAGUGUCUACUUUUACAAAUGGUAGGCCUUUGUGGGUCUUUUUUAUUUUUUUAUUUUUUUUGAACAGUCAAACUGUUAUAAUACCCCAAAUGGAAGCAUAGGCUUAUUAAAUCCGUCUCUCAAAAUUCUACUGUGAAUACUGAAAAGGACAGGUCUCCUAUAUGACACUGUAGCUUCACGAAAUAGUGCCAAAGACAUACAAUGGGGGUGUCAUUUUACUCAGCAGAUGUAACUGAACACAAAAUAAAACUUUGUACAGGAAUAGCACACACCAACGUUACAAAAUACACAUGAGAAUUUCUUUGUUAUAAGUUUGUGUGCCAAAAACCAAAAAAAAGCCACAAUUUUACUCCAAUAUUUAGCAGAGGUUGGCGGUGAAAUGGCUACGUAGAAAGUGUCAAAACAACCUUAGGUAAAUAGCCUGUGAUGUCUACUUUCUAUAAAUAUAUACUUUUGUGUGGCAAUUAUGUUUUCUCUAAUGGCUAUUAAGCUUACAAGACAAACAUACCAAAUUCUAAAAUCGCUCCACAUUAAAAGUAUAUUUUACUCCAUGUGCUUUGUGACCUGUAACUACCAAAAAAAACUUAAAAUCCCAGACACCUUAUAUAUUCUGUAAAUCAGAACAACUAAAUGAAUUUAUCCUUAAUCUCCACUAAUUAUGCACACAUUGUUAUUGCAAAAAUAUUUUUUUAUAAGUAUAUAUAUAUAUAUAUAUAUAUAUAUAUAUAUAUAUAUUUUUUUUUUUUCAAAUUAAAGCCCUUUCUGUCCUUUAAAAAAACGGUAUAUAGAGGGGGUGUGGCUAGCCGAGCUACAGAGCGGUCCAGGUUUUACUGAGCUCCCGCUCCAGAAGUGUAAAACUGCCUAUUUUGCCACAAAAGAGAGCAAACUUUAACUUUGCCGACACCUGAGGGACCCCCUCCUCCCCCAAGAGAGAGAUGGGGCACAAACACCGAAGAUUGGCCAAAGCUGAGAGCAACAGUCACACAGAUAUCCGACUGUCCUUCACCAGACCACUGCCGCAGGCCCGACUAAAUAUGGCGCCCGUGGAAACACACAGCUCCAGCGACUCAGAGCGAUCACUGGAGAAAGAGACAUCCCAAGCACCCAAUUCCAGCAGCGGGAUAUACCAGAGGUCUGACUCAGACAAAUCCCCCUCCACCAAGGGAGAUAUCAGAAACCUCCUGAGGGAGGUAUUGAAGGCCGACCUCACUGGAGUACAGAAGAUGAUCGGAGGUCUGAACCGCCGUAUGAGAGAAGUGGAGAGGGGAAAGAGGCUGGACGAUACCAGCUCCCGCCUAAAUACUCUCACCCAACAAGUGCAGCGCCUCUUCCGCACAGUAACCUCCCUAGAGACACGGCACCGACGGGAAAAACAUCAGGAUCCGUGGGGCCCCAGAGUCAAUAGGCCAAGAAGCCCUGAUAAGCUUUACCCACGAGGUCCUGAGAGAACUCUGAGUUCAGACGGACGCAGAGCAACCACCAAUAGUGACAGCCUUUAGGGUCCAGAAGGCCCUCACAGCACCCGCGGACGCACCCCGGGACAUCAUAGCCACCACCAGAGACACUAACGUGAAGUCCUCUAUAAUGGCGCGGUCCAGACAAAGACCAAGUCUGCUAAUAGCCAACACAAAAAUCACAGUAUACGACGACUUACUUUUUGCAGUCUUACUUGAAUGGCGUAGGUUCGCACCGACCACCCGGAUCCUUCGAGACAAAGGCAUUAGAUACCAAUGGGGACUGUCGGGAACACUGGUGGUGCCACAUGGGGACACAGUACACAUUCUAACGGCCUCUGAGGAUCACGCAGAAUUCCUGAGAGGCCUUGAUCUGCCAGCACCGCUUCCAGCGGCACGGCAAGCGGUGGCAGCCCAGUCGACCGCGAACCCCACAGGGAAAAGGAAACUAGCCUUGGACGCACAAUCACUAGAGCGGAAAGACCCUCCAUAGGACUCUCCAACCCAGGGAUAACCCAGCCGUGAUGGCAGGGAGGGGAGGCCAACUACCGCCCACAAUGGCACACCCGGGACUGAUCUCUUGGGCUUCCAUACUGCAAAUCCUUACCUGCACUAACCCCAUAGAGGGCCUUCACGCAAGCCCCAAUGUGUUGAUGUAAAUAACUGAAGGCUAAACGAGUGCUCCUAAUUGCUGAUGUAUUCUAUUCUUUAUUUUUAUUUUAAUGUUUUUUUUUUCCCUCUGGUUUAUUCACAUGUAAUGCCAUGACUACCGUUAUCAAUGCUUUUUACUCAGACUGGUUUUACUACUCAGACCCCCACCAUGACUGAGUUUCACGGACAAGUAGAGACCCUUGGGACCAUGUGGGUUUCACCAACACGCUUACAGUAAGGGGGGGAACAUGGACGGAUACAGACCACACCCACUAUGUCGCACACGAAGACCCACCCAGGGACAUAUAGCACCGACACUUAAAUAGCCAGGCCCCCAUUGGAGGACGACAUAAGGAUACCCGACACCGAACGGACACCCGACCAGCUACAAAUAACACGCCAGUAACCCAACAACCGUCCCAGAGGGGGGAGACAUAUGACGUAACUGUCCUACCAAUAAACCCCUUUUUUUUCCUCUUCUCAUUACUUUACUUAAUAUUGUUUCUCUACCACACUACUAAAAUGAUUUCAGUACAUGGCUAUAAGUUAUCGCACAUAUAGAUCCGUCUUCGGACAGUACAAAUGUUAUUCUGUUAAACAACACUCAUAACGGCGCAGCAUAAUACUAUAUGACCAUGUGCAAUACUCUGCUCGCAAUCGCUGUUGUGGCGAUGCGGGAAUGUGUGAAUCCCAUUUAAUGCGCUAUGAAAAUGAAAAAAUAAAGAAUAAAAAAAAAUACAACUGUAUAUAAUAUGUUGGUGCAAUAAAUUAGUAAAAUGCAAAUUCCAGUUGAACACAAACAGCAAAAAAUGCUGUUGUCAUUAAGUGAAAGACAAGCUUCUGAAGCUCUGUCCUUAAGGGGUUAAAAUGGAAAUGCUAAUGUAUGUCAGUUUAUUAUAAAUAUCGAUUUUUAUCAUUUGGGUUCUCCUUUUUGUAUUUUUUUUUUUUUUUUAAACUUGAUCAGAAACGUACAUACACAGUCACAUACUAGAAUUCAUGGUAUAAUUAUUCCUCUCCCCCAAUCUCAAAGCAGUGCUCACACCAGCAACAGUAGUGCUUUAAAAUGUAAAAUAAAUAUUCAAAGAACCUUUACUGGCCCUGUAGUGAUUAUGGUGCCAGGAGUGCUCUGACACAAUUCUAUUGUAGAAUGCCAAAUUGAUUGACAAUUUACCCUGCAGCCACAUCUCCUCUGCAUAUGGUCUUCAGCACAAGAAGGCGUGUGUCACUUUAAGGCAAAAAUGGCCAAAGGUACUCAGCAGCUUAAGUGAUUAUGGUGCUUUGUUUACUUUUUAAAUUGAGCAUAAUUUCAUUCAAGUUGCAGGGUCUAAGGCUUUGCAUUAAUGUCAAAUGUGAGGUGUUUCGUUUGACAUUUUAUUUGUAUUUCAUAUUGUUUUUCACCUCAAAUAAAUAUGGGUUUUUUUUUUGUUUUGUUUUUUAAAUCUGCAGCAUGAGGAAAACUUUGAGGUACGCAAGACGUUGAUCCAGGAAGUGCUGAACCAGUUUGGACAGCAGCUAGUAAGCCAGUUGCUUCAUGCAUGCUGUUUCUGUCUCCCACCUUACACUCUGCCUGAUGUUGCUGAAGUCGUAUGGGAGAUCAUGAUAUUUGACAGACCGGUAAGAAAGAGUCCAUAUUCUAAAUGAUGAAUACAUACAUUUUUUUCACAACACUAGUGGGCCAGAUGUUCUCGAUUACACACAUUUCAGAAUGAAAAUGUAAUAAUGCUUUGCAUGCUAGGGUGCUGAUUGGAACAUCUUAUGGGUCUUUCUCUUAAAAGUGUCUUAAAUGUAAAAUAAAAAAAUUAAAAUCAGCAAUUUUUUUUACUUUUAAGAGAAAUCCACAUUUUUAUUGAAGUCCUUUUAUGAAAGCUUGAACUCCUAAGCCAUCUUUCUUAGCUCCUAAGAGCUAAGAGACUCAGAACCUUAGACAUCCUGCCUUUUAAUGUACAACAUGCUCAUAUCUACCUAGAUACUUUCCUUUCUAAUACUGACCAUUUUUUUUUUAUAUUUUGACAUCUAUACUUGUGACGGAAAGCUAUCUGGGAUGUUAGUCUACCACAGACGCUCAUGAUUCUUUGAAUUUAACAGAUAGCCAGGGAAUCAUGGGAGUUGUAGUUGAAUACAUCUGGGGGGCCGCAGGUUGUGCAUGCCUGUCUACCGGCAAAGACCAUUACUGAUAACUGAGGUCAAGCCAGAGGCUACAGCAACCCUCAGUUUUUUGGCCUCUGGAAUGGCUUGUCCUCCCAGGCAAGUAUUGAUCCCCCUGCUCUUGCUUUCGCCACACAGGUAUUCCUAUCCUGCUUCUCUCCGGCAGGUAUCAAACCGUCUGCCAGUCCUGCUUCUCCCAGGCAGGUUUAGAAAGGUCUGGCCAGCCUGCUUCUCCCAGGCAGGUAUUAACCUUCCUGCCACUGCUCCGUCUCCAAGGCAGGAAUCGUCCACUCUGCCAGCAGUCCUGCCUCCACCUACUGCUUUUACAAAGGUACUUGCGGCUUUCAGGCCUAGCUCUUUUUUUAAUCUGUAUCCGGCACCAUGGAGUAAUGCAGCCAGGAAGCAUGAUGUUUGGAGACUCUGCUACUGGAAUCCCCAAAUAAACUAGACAGGAGACACAGUUCCCAAUGGAACAAGCACACAAUACUUUUACAUUUAGUUGCUUGUCCUUAAACAUGUGGUGAAAACCAUUUUAAAAUGGAAAUAUAUAGGACAUUGGAGAACAAGCAAAUAUAAUUAAUACGUUAUAUAUGUGUAACUCUUUUUUUCAAACACAAUAUCAAGCAACAAAACAUUCAACUACUAAGGUGAUGGGGACAGACCGCCAUGCCGACAGGUUGCAUGCCUGAGCAGCUCCUGGGGGCUUCGGCUUGAAGAGCUGAAUAUCAGCGGAGUUUGACCCUAUCUGGAGCCAAAAGGUGGGGAACUGCUACUUGGACGAUAGCUGGUGCCGGGCCUAAAUCCGGAAAUUCUAAAGCCUGAAUCUAUAUGGGACCUCAGAAUUUGAGGCCUAGUCGAGUGAGGAGCGAGGUGGACGGCCGCCCCCUUGCUUUCUAGUUCACUGCCCCACACAUGCUCUUCAAAGGCACAACUGACUGGUCCUGUUACCCCUUCUCUCCCCCCUCCAGGACCGAUGGGGGUCAUUCCGAUCCCCACCAGCACACUUCUCUACUGGACCUGCUACUUGAUAAAGACAACCAGAGACUAACCGCUAAACUCAUCUAAGAUGGCGGCAACUACUCUUCCUAAACACAAGGCAGCAGAGAUGCACCUGCGGUGGAAAGAGGUCUGUUGGCAUGCUUCUGAGGAUCUGCACACACGCUUCUGGAGGAGAGAGCCAUGCAGCUCAACUUACCGACUAUUGAUCCGGUGCUUCCAAAUCCUGAAGGGUUCCUGCGCCCCUGCUCAUCGACCAGACAUCAGCUUCCAGAACAGCGAGGUGUGGAGGGAGAGAACCUAGAAGAUGACCCACAGGCUCUGAACAAGGAGUUCUCUGUGCACAAAUGGCGUGGAGGGCCGCUUAAUCUGGCAUGCUGCUUAGAAUUAUAAAAACAAUAAUAAUUAUUAGAAAAAACAAACCCUCAACUACUUAUUUGGUUGCACUAAUUUGCAUACCAGCAUUAAGUAAAUGUACACAUUUCUAUUCAGUCAGCAGGAGCUGCAGAGUUAUCACAAUACAAAUGCAUAAUUUUUACAUUGACUGCUACUAUCCCAACACACUGCACAUAUAUUGGGCAUGCAUAUACAGGUAGUUCCCGACUUAACAAACUAAUUGGUUCCGAAGCCUAGUUCAUGAAGUGAGAGUUUAUAAAGUGAGAACUAAUUUCCCAUAGACACAAUGUAAUAAAUAUGGGUUCUGUGCCUGACCAACAAAUUUUACCAUUGAAAACCUAAAUUAUUAAAUACAAAUACAAAAUGAAAGCAUAGCAAAUACAUGUAUGUUGUAGGAACGUUAAAGGAAUACAUAACAUACUGAAAUCUUCAUCAACUUAUCAUCAAUCAUCAUCACCCUCAAUGAAGAGACAUGCCGUACUUGUUGAAUGAGGGCACCUCUCUACAGCUUUCCUACUUAUUCAAUUUCUUCUUUAUCACUUUUCUUUUCCUUUUCUUUUUUACACUUUUCUUUUACUCCUUUUCUUUUUACUGCUCUCAAACUCACUUCCCUCUCCCUUGUCUUCAGGCUAUUCAGCCCUCCUCCUUACUGAUGCUGCUUGCCAAAAAAACAUCUCUCUCUCUCUCUCUAUGAAAGUGCAGAAAGCCUACAGGACAGUUUAAACCCCUUUUUUGACUUACCUUUAUCUUCAGGAACUGUUCCUGAUCCUAUUCUCUCUUCUUUUCUACUCCUGGACACAAAUUCUAUUUCUUCUCUUCUUGUUUGUGCUCCAAAGCACUCUCCUCGGUACUGAUCCAUGGACAGUUGACACAAAAUGGCGGCGCAUCCAGGGAAAAGUUCAUGAAGGCCGGAGUUCAGAAAGCGGGAGUUCAUAAAGCAAGAAAUACCUGUAGUGUCAUUUCUGUCUUUUUCUUUACCUCCUGUGGCUUAUACUUUUAUGCUGGAAAGGAUUUUAGCCAGUCAAGUGCAAUGAAUCUCACAUAUUGAUUUUUCUGCAGCAGUUGUGUAAAUUGUGUGAUGAAUUGUCUGAAUCUUUCAUUUUCCUUAUCUCUAUAUACUAUUUAAGGCGAAACUAUGAAUGUUCUACACAGCACUCUAUUCGAUUUAGCAUGCUAAUUAACAGAUUAUACAGGUUCUAAGCUACAGUAUUUAUGCAUGCCAUACUAUAUCCUAUUCACAAUGCUUUAUAGUUACAAUAUCUUUGCCACUGUCAAAAGUUUCUGUACUGCUAUAAUUUUGCCAAUGAACACAUAACUUUAUGAUUUCUGUAAUGUUAUCUUACCUUUGCAAUAAACCCUUCUUAAAUAAAAAAAAAAAAAAUCCUCUGCCACUAACCAGUUUUUAAAAGUUACUCGCCGCUGCAAGCAUGGAGAGUCCAUGUCCAGUUUACCAAAGGUGAAUGCCACAGUUACAUUUUCUCUUGCCAAUGCGAGUGGAAAUUUGUUCCUUUCAUCUGUAAAGCCUUUUACUAGUCAGAGAGAAGUAAGUUAUACGUAGUUCUAUAUUGCAGCUGUAACAAGUGUUCAAUUUCUUGUCAGACAUUUUGCCGGUGGCUGGAAACCGCAUUGAAAUGUUUACCAAAGGAGACAUCAGGUGGAGCAGUAACAGUGACACACAAGCAGUUAACAGACUUCCACAAGCAAGUCACAAGGUAAAUUUAAAAAACAAACUGUAAGUAGAAUGACGUAUAUUCAUCACAUGUUGAAGUGGAAAUAUCUUUGUCCCUACUUGCUGAUAAGCUCCUGUAAACCAACACAUUCAAUAAUGUGUCUGAGUGUGAGCGUCUUAUUGUUAUGUAGACCUAGCUGUAUUAGUUCCUAUCCAUCCUCUGGUAGGACUUGGAAUGUGACACAGUGCAUCAGCUGCUUAGUUUGUAGCAUCACAGGUUUGUAGCAUCUUCUUCGGUUCUAUGAUACUGAGAAAAUAACUUUUGACCUGUAAAGCUCGCCAUUAAAAUUCAAUUUGUAUAUAAAAAAAAAUUACAAUUUUGCACUAUAUUUGAAUUUUGACAUGCUUGCCUCAGAUUAUCCCUUAAACAAUCAGGACCGAUAAGUGAAUUUUGAGUCCUUUCCAUAAAUUGCACUUGAUGUGUAAAAGAAAAACUGAAAGGGAUUAUUUGUAUUGAAUUUUUUGCACUUUUAUAACACUUUACAUACUUCAUGUUGUAUUUCUUACCUUAAAACAACAUGUAAUAUGACUGGGUGCACUUAAAUUACACUGUAGUAGUUGUGGUGCUUAUAUUGUUCCUGUAAAGUACAGUGUCAAGCACAUAAAGCACUUCAGCUUGUUGUAGUGCUUUAUGUGUGAAGUGUCAUCUUUUUAUUUUCCUUUUUUAAUUAUUUUUUUUUUUUUUACACAAAAUGUGCAGUCAGACAACCAGACCUGUUACUUCCUGGUUUGUUUAGCCCAGUGAAGCUAAACUCAAGAGGCAGCAAUUGCCCAGAGCUCCUGCCCUGCAAAGACUUCUCCUUGAGCUGUAUUGGAAAGGCUGUGAUUGUACAGCCACCGAAAGUCUGGGCUGGGGCAGAAAAGAAGGGUGGGGGGCUUGCAAUGUCUACAGACAUUAGAUAUGCAGCUUUUAUAGGCUGUUUUUAGAUAUACUCCCAAUGUAUAAUUAAACACUUCCAUGUUUUCAUUUAGGGUAGAUCUACUAAAAAAUAUAUUUUUUUUCUUUUUGGAAGUGGAGUUUACCUUUAACUUGAAUAAAAUUGAUUCUUCCCUCAGGCAUUCUGCAAAAUGUAGGGUUAAUUGCAGCAGUAAAAUGCAUAUCAGGGAAACUCCAUAUUUUUUUAUUUAUUUUUUUUAUAGAAAAAGAAAGCAUGGCUCCAAAACCCAAUUUUUCACUAGCUAUUGGCAAGUGAAAAUUCAACCCUGGCGAGUGUAACAUGAACACUCCAGUCUUGCAGUGGGGAGUAAUUUUUUGGCCUGGCUGGUAGCAUAGUAUUUUAAAGGGACACUGUAUGCACCCAGACCCUUUUGCAGCACUAAGUCUGCCUCCAGUGGCUGGCUACCAGAUAGCCACUAGAGGGCUUCCUGGUUUGAAACUGACCUUUGGUCCAGUAUCUGACGCUGGACGUCCUCAUGCUCUGCAUGAGGAUCUCCAGCGUCCGAUUUUCUCCCACAGGGAGGCAUUGAUUCACUGUUUUCCCAUGGGGAUGUCUAAUGCCCACGUGGCAUUUGCUGCACAUGCACAUUAGACCCUGCUCAGGGCAGAGUGCCGACCCAUUGGGUGUGGGGAGGGGAUGCAGGGGACGGGGGAGGCAGUGGGAGCGAUAGUGCCAGGAAUACAGCUUUGUAUUACUAGCACUAUAGUAUAAAUUUAAGUAUUGAGCCAUGUUUUGUGUAUUUUGAAACAGAGAUUGUAUUAGUAAUAUGUGAAGUUGAAUUAUAUGAAAUAAUGUACAUUUCUGUUUAGUUUCUGUGCAACUGCAGUAUGGUACAAAAAUAGUGGGUAUAAUUAAAGGACAUGCUUUCCUUUACUUUAGUUUGUUUAUGAGCAUAGUGGCAGCAAUUUUCACCCAAUACUAUCAUGCAUGUAUGUUUUAGCUCAUUCCUUACUUUGUAAUCAUGAAAUUGGUAUAUAAUGGAUUGCAUGUGCUUUGCAGUGCUGAGGAAUGUAAACCGGUUUGCUGGGCUCUGAGAGAUUUCACUAGGUUAUUCCGAUAGCUGCGCUCGUUCACCCAACCUGUCUUAUGUGGUGAGUAUGUACAUAUACAUAUCUUCAAUGAUGUUGAGAAGAGAAAAAUAUAUUCCUGAUACAUCCUGAUUAACCAGAAACAUUGGCAGUCGCUGCCUACAAUGUUUGAUAGCGAUUUGUCUUAUGAAGUUACACAUAGAAACACCCUAUACCAUGAGUCUUUGUUUUUAAAAAGUGUGGUUUUAUCUUGGAGGUGCAUUUUUGAUAAUUAUUUAUCCUUCAAAAACUUACCAUUGUACCUUGUUUUAUCUUUUUUUUUUUGCAAAUCCUGCUUGAUGAUUCAUUUUCUAGUUCUGCCCUCAACACCUGUCUUCUCACUUCUGCUUUCAAUGCCACCAAGACACUGAAAGAACUGUCAAGUUUCUAUUUUUGACAUUUCAGAUCAGGUUCAUUGAAGUAAACACUAUUGAUGUGUAUGGUUUUUCAUACUGCAUUGAAAGGUUUUUAUAAAAUCUUCUUACCUAUGUCAACUGGGUUACAGAUGCAUUAACUAUGGUAAUUAUGAGCCUGCCAUAUUUUAAGGAUACCAAAUAAGGGAACCAUACCUACUAAACAGCUCCCUAAUUUGGUAGCCUUAAAUAUGGCAAUCACACAUAAGGUACCAAUUAUAAUUAGAGAAUUAUCUACUAAAAAGUUGAUAGAGCAACAUUAAGAAUAUCUUUUUUUAAAAAUUUUUAAUAUGGCUUUUAGCGGUCUAGUAGAUGGCUCCCUUAUUUGGUAUCCUUUUUGUGGGAUUACCAUAUAUAACAAUACAAAAAUAGGGAGCCAUCUACUAAACACAGCCCCUCCCUAAUUCAGUACCUUUAAAUAGGCCAAUCUCACACAAAGGUACCAAAUUGCUUAUUUUAAACAGCUGAAAGAUCACAUUAUUCCGAAAUGGAAAAUAUUGGGCAAAUUUUGACAAAAGCUAAUCUAAACUUUGUCCUGUUCCCCCACCCCAAUGAAUGUGCAAAUCGUUUCUUACAUGGGUGUCCACCAGCCGCAAGUUUUUUUUAGGCCUAGUUAUGCUGUCCACUCUCUUGGUAGAUUACAAUCUGAAUAACACAUUUAUGUUUACAUUAGCACCAAAGAAUGAAUAAGAUGGUGCAUAAUUGAUUUUAAAGUGCAACUAUAGAAUUACCUACUGUAUCACUAAUACAUGCAGCAACAAAAAGCCUGCUAAAAACAGAUUCUUAAUAAGCAAACCAUAAAUUGGUGUGGAAUAUCAAUUAAACAGUUUACAAUUAUCUUACAAUAUAUAUCAUGCAAAUUUAAACCAAUUAAGGUGCAUAGGUGACCACUAAUUCUUCACACAAUAAUGGUAGAUGUAUUAAGUGCAAAAAAAAUCACCAAAAUCUUAAGAGUGGUUUUUCAGCAAUUAGCAAACAUAACAACUAUACUUACACAUUAUCCAUUCGAUGAUCUCAAGGAUCUAAAAAUAUUACUAGUGCAACACUGUCAUAUAUCAACAACUUAGAUAAAAAUCUGAUAUGUAAAACUCACAAACAUGGUGGUUGUAGUACCACUCCAAAGUGAGGGUUCAAGGAGGCUCAGCUCCUUGUAAAAUUAGAAUCCAAUAGAUUCACUAUCAGGCAAACUCUUUAAAAAUCUUUAUACUCCCCCCAAAAGUGUGUUUUUUUUGUUUUUUGUUUUUUUAAUGUUGUGGAGCACUGAAGGCAGAUUCCAAGAUCCAAAGUCCAGCUACCUGCCCUUACAAGACACAGUCUGGGGUGCACUUUAGGUCCUUGUCAGUCCCUUACUCUUGUUGGUCUUACUAUCUUACUGCGACACAUUCCCUCUCUGCACUUCUGGGUUUGGCACAUGAUGCAUUUUGCCCCACCUCCUGGGGCUUUCUUAAACGUGUGAGGAGUCCUCCCUCUCCUCUCCAGUUUAUAUAGUGACUGUGUAGACUGCUCUGCAGACUAUACGACUUAUCCCUGUACAAUCAAAGUACACUUAUUUAUUACAAUCCAUUAAAUCAAUCACAAAAUGAUUUCCUCAAAUAUUCUGAUGUCAAUUGGGUGUAUAUUUCAACCAAUCGAACAUACCAUAAAGAAACGAAAUACAUAAAUCACUUAAUCAGAUUAUAUAAAAACAGUAUGUCCAAAGCUAAAAAAAAUAAAAAAAAACCUGGUUCUAUGAAUAAAUAAAUCUCAAGUCAGAGAAGUAAUAUAAAAUAUAUAUAUAUAUAUCUAUAUAUAUAUAUAUAUAUAUAGAUAUAUAUAUCUAUAUCUAUCUAUAUCUAUAUAUAUAUAUAUAUAUAUAUAUAUAUAUAUAUAUAUCCUGUAAAAAGUUUCUAUUCCAUAAUGUAAUUAUGGAAUAAAAGCGAAGAACAGGGAGUUAUUAAAAAUAUAUAUGUAACAAAGGCACUAUAUAUAUAUAUAUAUAUAUAUAUAUAUAUAUAUAUAUAUAUAUAUAUAUAUAUAUAUAUAUAUAUAUAUAUAUAUAUUAGACACACACACACUGAACCAAUAUAUAGGCAAAAUUAACAAACAACCAUGUAAUCUCAAAAAAAUACCGCCAGCUUUAAAAAAAAAAAAAAAAAAAAGGGGUAGUUUGUCUAAACAACGACUUUCAACCUACAAACCAAAGAAUAACAGUUAUUAGCCAUAUCAUACCAGGAAGAUGUUACCAAUUAAAAAACAAAGGGGUAGAUUGUCUAAACAAAAAAAAUUAUAAUAAAAAAUUCUGCAAAUCAGAUUCUAUAUUUAGACCAGAUGGGGCUAAUGUUUCCAAAUAAAAAAAACCUUUUCUUCUCUUCCUGGCCAAUCUUCCUAAUAAAAUCCCCUCCUCUCUAAUCCUUAAAAACUCUUUUUAUCCAUGAAAAUUCCUAGCCUCCUGGAUCCUGAUUAUGCAUAUUUUUAAAAUGGUCUGAAACAUUGUGGCUCUUUACCCCUCUUCAGAUGUUAUAAAUAUGUUCUCUAUUCCUUUUCAAGUAGGGGGUGUGUUAUUCUCCCCACAUAUUGUACAUUUUGACAUAGAUGCGUACAUUCGUAUUGCUUCAUUUAAUACAAUCCAUAAAAUAAAUUAUAUUUGUGUGGAAUGUAAUGUAUGAUUACAUUAUAAAAAAUAUCAAAUGGCAGCACAACCCUUGUCAUGUGGAAUGCAGGUGUAUAAUAGUCACAUCACCAACAAAUGCCUUUCCUUUCAAACAAAUAUUCCUUAACAUCUUAAAGGGACACUCCAGGCACCCAGACCACUUCUGCCCAUUGGAGUGGUCUGGGUGCCAACUCCCACCACCCUUAAACCUGCAAGUGUAAUUAUUGCAGUUUUUAUAACCUGCAAUAAUUACCUUGCAGGGUUAAGUCCUCCUCUUGCGGCUGUCUAUCAGACAGCCGCUAGAGGGACUUCCGUGUUCUUAGAACACGAAAAGUGUUUUAAACUACGCUGGACGAUAGCGUGAGGAUCUCCAGCGUCGCUGGAAUCCCCAUAGGUAAGCAUUGAAUAAUGCUUUCCUAUGGGGUGGUCUAGUGUGCGCACGGCCAUUGCCACGCAUACGCGUUAGGCCUCCCCCACCGGCUGCCGUCGGUGGGGGAGGGGUGUGGGCGGAGCCUGACCCAGCGCCGAGGGAUAUCGGCGCUGGAUUCAAGUAAGUGACUGAAAGGGCUUUAAGCCCUUUAGCAACAUGAAAUCGGGGGUGUAUGAGAGGUGGGCACUGCAUUGGAUAUGUUUUCCUAGCACUGGAGAGUCGCUUCAAACUGGUAUUAUUUUUUUUAUUUUAUUUUAGCCUCCUUUAGGAUCAACAGCAAAAAAAAUAGAUGUGAUAGGCUGAACUUUAUGAACACGUCGUGGUUUUUUUUUUUUUUUUCAGCCUAUGUAACUGACAUCUGUGGUGUAUUUCAGAAAUUAUCUUGUUUUCAUCACCACUAGUUGGAGAAAAAAAUAAAUCCGACUCCAUUUUUUUCCCGUUUGAGUACUUCAAACCUAUUCUAAUGUGUGCUUAAGCAGGUGCUUUCAUUAUUCCUUUUAUUCACAUUAUUCCUUAAUCUACUUUGGUAAUUUUUUAAAUUGGUUCUGAUUCCAUCCUUUAUUUACCUCUUGGACCCAAUAUUUUUUCUUUUCCAUCCUCACAUUUCCCUCUUCUUUUCAACAUGGAAUAUCCACUCUUCUUUGUGGGGUUUUAUUCCAGAAUUUCUUAUCACACAUCCAAUAAAGUUGGGGUUGUAAAAUCUACCCUCCUUGCUGGGCACUCUCCUUUAAAAAUCAUUUUAUUUUUUUAGAAUCAUAAUCCUUUUUUUUUUUUUUUUUUGGUCCCUUUUUUAUAUUUAUGAAAUUUAGUUUCUUUUACCUCCAUUUCAAUUUUCUCCAAACUAUUUUUGUCCUGUCUGAUAAUUCGUUAAGAUCCUCAGUUCACAUACAUGGCUGUGGUUGUUCAUGUAUGGAAUGUAUUUCCUCAUCUAUCUUUGAUAGAUCUGACCGACAGGCAAUGCGGCUAUUCAUACAUUUGAAUGAGAAGCGCUUUAAAGCAGCAUCCCAUAUUUUAGAAUAUUCUCUGUCAAGUAUUUCUCUAUUGUAGCCAUUUCCCAUUGAUACAUGUUUUUUUUUUUAAAGGGACACUCUAGGCACCCAGACUACUUCUGCCCACUUCUGUAAAAAGCAACAUCUCCAAAUGUAAAAAAAAAAACACCCAAAACUCAAUGUUGCUCCCUGUAUUGUCCCCCUCAUCUAUCUUUCUUAUCAAAAUUAAAGUAUGAUUGUUUUCUAAAUUCAAAGAUAGACAUAUUUUGUAUGCAUCCUCUUCUAUAAUUACUAGUUAAAUCUAGUAUAACACCAAAGAAGGAAUAAGAUGACAAAAAAAAUCGAUUUGCAAGUGCAACUAUACAAUUACCUACAUCCUACGGUAUCACUAAUUAAUAUAAGCAGCAACCAAAAAAUCCCAGUUAAAGAAAUUCCCUAUAAACAACCCAUACAUUGGUGCAGUAUUAUCAAUUAAAACAGUGCACAAUAAUCUUACAAUAUAUUUCAUGCAAAUAAAAACCAACUAAAGGUGCAUAAGUGACCACUAAUUAUUCAUACUAUACCAGUACAUAGAUUAAUUUAAGUGGAAAAAAAUCACCCAAUCUUAUUGAGUGACUUUCCAGCAGUUUCUUUUUUUUUACCAGUGACUGAUUUGUUUGUUUACUCUUCCAGAGAAGACAGGUUACCCAGCCCACUCAGACGGCACCUCCAGAACAGAGAACCAUUGUGGAUUGGCUUCUAUACCCCCCUAGCGUGUGUCAUGCCAAAAGGGGGACGCAGACCAUGUGUGAGAGCAAAGAAUGUCAAGCGAGCUUUGAGGAAGCGUCCCUGUGUACCGUGUGCUGAUUCUUAUAGCAAAACUGGGGAAAAAAGUAAAAGCUUAAAAUUAACCCCUUCACUUCUGAGCAGUGGCAAGCAUCCCUAAAGAGCUGUGAUGAAGGGCAAUGGCUCAAAGGUGUUGAAGUGCUUCUCCACCCUCUUCCACAGCAAUAAGGCACUCCACAAGCAGGCAGCGCCAGAUGUGCAUUGGCAACCGACUCUCCCGCCGUGCCGUGUAGUGUUGUCCCAGACCUCGGUGGUGAAGGGGUUCUCAAAACAAUGUUGAGUGCUUGGGCACCACAUUUGCAUUUUGGGAUGGGAGGGAUCGGGAAAAGGAGGUGGGGGCAAAGGGUUUAGAGCUUUCCUUGAUGGACUCGUUUUAAAAUUAAAAAAAAAUAGAAGAAAAUCUAAAGGAAAAAAAAGAUGUAAAAAAAAUGAAAAAAAAAAAACUUUAAAAAAAAUAAAGCCGUCAAAUAAAAUCCCCGGCCGGCGAUGUUCGAAUUUGCGUAUCAGCAAACGGAGUAUAAGACGCAGCUAAACUUUCUGUGAAAUGAAAAAGAAAACAUGCAAAAUAAAAUUUGAAAAAAAAAGUGUUAUCGUUUGUUUGCCUUCAUUGGUACCAGAACAGUACCAAAAAAAGUAUACGCUAAAAAGCACGUACUAAUUUUGGUUGCUGUUCCUUGGGGGUGAGAGACAAGGUAGCUUCAAAUGCAUUCAUCCCAUUCAUAUGCGUACGCCAUCUUGGAGGAGGAAGCAAUCUUAAUAAUAGUAUCUAUACCUCUGUUAAUUUACCUUGCACAAUAUAUGUAUUAAAUAUACAUUCAGAUACACUACGUUACAUGUCCUCUGUGUUGUGGCACUUGGAAGGAGAAAAAGAGUGAGAUGAUCGGCAUACCUUUAAUUUUUCCUCCUCAGUUCCAUUAUCUUUGUAUCUUCCUCCAGGCAUUUGAACACUUGCACCUGAACAAGAGUGCAAAACAAGAUCCAUGAUAAAUCCCAUUAGAUCACGAUGUCCUCCCUAUAUCUUAGUCAUAUACAAAGUGAUUCAUUUCCUAUAAUUUACUGUGAUUAAUGGGGUAAGCUCACCCAGCCAGAUAUGCAUAUCUUUUACAUAAAGAGCUGGAAGUUCAUUGAAA